CGGAGACACGUUUACAGAAACUGAGCCAGAAAAAGCGCAACCAACGUAGAUUUGGCUAGGAUUCAAAAAGGUAAAUAAAAAACAAACGUCCCAUAAGGAAAAAUAUGUAGGUUGAAGUGGCCGGGCAAACGUGAUACAAUGUAGGGAAUGGCAAACUAUAGAUUUUUUUUCCUCACUGGGACACUAUCAAUACCGAUGAUAGGCAGAUAUAGCCAAAGGUUAACUGUUCAGUAGUCCAAACAUUGUUGAGAUGAGUGAGAAAGUGUAAUUUGUUUACAGGAGCCAAUAUAGGUUUUGUUCCAGGCUCCAAGAAUUCCAGACAUUGAGGUAGGUUAAUCUUGUCCCAGAAGACCAAACCAAAAUUUCAAGUGUUGACAGUGGAAUACCUGUAAUGCAACAGGGUCCCUAGAAAGAAGCCAUGAUAGUCGACGAAGAUGAUUCUGGAGCAGCAUAGGAUGGACAUUAUGAUUGCCAUUGAGAGGAGGUCUGGAAAGGAAAAAAGUCCAUGGGCAUCUCUAGUAGUACACCAAAUAUAUAAGAACACCUACACACACCAGUGGGAGUAAAAUAUCAAAAGUAUUACCCUUUUCCACAAUAAUGUAUGUUGUAGAUAAGAAAGACUCCACUAUGUCUCAGUUAAAAACAGUGUAACCCCAAAAAAUACAAUAAAAAAUCACAAAUAGUGUAAUACAAUAAAACACCAUGUAGUAGGUAGUGGACUAUUGCACUCACAAAGGUAAGAAGUUAGAAGGCAGAACAGAAAUCUUUAUAGCUGGAAUCCUCUGUGCUCCAAAUCCCAGGAGUGUUGGGAACCAUGGUCCAAAACAGGGUAAUGAGAAAGAGAGAAACAUGAUAAUGACGUAGAUGCAGGAGGGUUCAAGAGAUGUGAGAAAACAAAUGAAUGGUGUAAUUUCAGGACUGCCAGCAUAUUUGAAGGAAGGCAUCUGUUGCAAAACCUUUCGGGUCUGGUUUCUAGCAGAAGAAUCUCAGAAGUUGGAAAUUUAAACAGUGUCAAAUUUGGCAGUGUCAACUGUGGGAUUAGGCAAUGUAAGAAUUGGAAGAGAUCCAUCAGAAAACAAAGGAAUUGAUGGAAGCAGACUUAUCAGGCACCUUCUCACAAAGAUGGCUCAGAGUCAGAUGUAUCCAGGAGAACUUUAGCUGAUUUUGCACAGUGGAGGACUCUUUUCCAUGGUGUGACUGCGUCAACAGUGACAGCAUGUAUCUUGUCUGUCAUUGUUUUUUUGGGGGUGUAGGCCUCAUUAUGGUGGGACUUGGUGGUCAAUUUAUGACUGUGGGAAGUCACAGUAGGCUUGUCAUCAGUGGUGGAUCCAGGGGGGGCAACGGGGCAAUUGACCCCCCUGACCCCCCCCGAGAUUCUCCCCUGCCAGCUAAUGCAGGGCUGGCAUUGUCUAAGCGCCAGCCCUGCAAUGUGCCUGCGGACCGGGGAGGGAGAUCAAUCCCCGGUACGCGGGCAUUGUGCUGACACCCGGCGGGGGGAGGGAGUGAGAGAGGACCCGGGAGCUCUUACCUGCAGCUCCUGCGGGUUCUCCUCUCGCGAGCAUGGAGCGUUGCCGCGGUUACCACGGCAAUGCUCCAAAUCUCGCGAGAGUGAACUCUAGCCCUGGAGCGCGAGCUAGAGUUCACCUUACCACCACUGGGACCACCAGGGAAUCCCCAACGGACCACCAGGGAUCGAAAUAUGUCCCCCCCUCCUCCCAGUAAAGGUAAGAAGGGAGGGGGCACAUAAAGAAUAUAUGUUUUAGUACAGUUAAAUAAAAAAAAAAACAGAUAUAAGAAGGGUAGGGGGGGCUUUUAAUAUUUUAAUAUAAUAUGUGUUGUUUUUUAAAUUUUUUAAAUUAAUAUGUAUGUAUGGAGGCAGUGUAUGUGAGUGUGGGAGGGCGAUGUGUGUGAAGGGUAGGGGGCUUUUUAAUAAUCACACACACAUUGCUCCCCCCCCACACACACUCACACUGCCCCCCAUACACACACACUGCCCCAUACACACUCACUGCCCCCAUACACACACACUGCCCCCAUACACACACUGCCCCCAUACACACACACUGCCCCCCUUACACACACACUGCCCCCCACAUACACACACACUGCCCCCCACAUAUACACACACUGCCCCACAUAAAGCCACACUGCCCCCAUACACACACACUGCUCCCCAUACACACACACUACCCCACAUACACACACCCCCAUACACACACUGCCCCCCAUACACUGCCCCAAACUCACACAUACACUGCAAUCCUCACACACACACACACACUGCAAAUAUCACACACAAAUACUGACACACACAUACACUGCCCCCCUAACACACACAGUGCACCCCUGACAUAUAUUGCCACCCUCACUCACACACUGUCCCCCUCACACACACACUGCACCCCUUACACAUUGCACCACUCACACACAUCACUGCCCCUAUGCCCUACUACAGCCCCAUUUCCCAGCAGACCUCAGGUAAGUUGUGAAACUGUUAUUAAACAGUUUGACUACUUACUCUGGGAGGGGGUCCCGGCACUAUUGACACCAUAACCGCUACACUGAGCUGUAGUGGUUAUUGUGUCUGGAUUAUUUCUUUAAAUAAUCUACAAGUGCCCCUCCCGAGAUCAGGCUCUGGAUCCACCACUGCUUGUCAUCAGGAGUAGUGGAAGGAACCGGGAUUCCCACUUUUUGGCAGGUUUAAGUCCUGCAAAAUAGCAUUGGAAAUAGACUGGAUGAGAGUAUCAAACACUUUUACCAUUGCAGAAUAAAUUGCCUGAGUGAAAAAUGUGGUUAUUGUGGUAUUAAAAAAUGAGUGCAACUCUUUAGAAUUCAUGCCACAAUUCAAUAUAUUUGGAUACACUUUUUAAAUGAUUUUAUAUUUUUAGAUAUUAUUAAAACAGCGAAUUUCCAAAAAUAUAUAGGGGUCUAUUCACUAAAACAUGAGUUAUGGAAAAGUGGGAAGGUAACUGUAUAUUUUAAGCUGAAAACAUAAGUGAAUUAUGCUGACCUACUUUAGCCUACAGUUUGUAAUUCCUUUGUUAUUUGCCAAGAUUACAGACUAAUACAACAAAAUGCUGCUUUUAAACAAGUGAUUAGAUUUAAAUGACUAGUAUGAUUUUAUUUAUUUUAAAGUAAAUAUUCACAUCUAAAGAAAUACGAAUCCAAGUGAUUUAAUGGGGCCCUCAAGUGGUAAAAUUCAAGAAUGCAUGUAGUAUAAAAAUAUCUAAAUAGCCAUGGUGCUUUUUUCAAAUAAAGAUAGAAUAAGCAGUGCGAAAACACUAACAAGUUAUCCACUAAAGCGAAAAUGGCCAGGUAUUCAAAGUGAAUUUCAAAUUUAAGGCCAAAACAGCAAAACUGGAAAAAUUGCUUCUAUUUCAGAUAUUUUAACAUUGAAUUUGAAAUUCCUUACAAUUCUCACUUUAGUUAAUAGCUCUGUCAGUGAUGUGUGAUCUAACUGUAACACACUCCAGCACUAAAACAGUAAUAAAUAUAUACUUGAAUUAACAUGUCAAUCAAAUAAAUGUAUAGGUGAUCAGAACAACAAAGCAUAUACAAAAGAUAUAUAUAUAUAUAUAUAUAUAUAUAUAUAAAUCACAAUAGUUUCUGGCACUCAUCCCAUAGCAAAAGCAUAAAUUCAGCAAUGACCAGGUGCCUCUCCGUGCAAAAUAUACAAAUGGAACAAAUUGAGAGCACUCAUUGGAUUUAGUAAACAAAAAAAUAUAUUAAAUCAAACGCAUAUAAAUCAACGUUUCGACGGUCUUGAUAAAGACCGCUAGACGGUCGAAACGUUGAUUUAUAUGCGUUUGAUUUAAUAUAUUUUUUUGUUUACUAAAUCCAAUGAGUGCUCUCAAUUUGUUGCAUUUAUAUAUAUAUAUAUAUAUAUAGAGAGAGAGAGAGAGAGAGAGAGAGAGAGAAAAAUAAAAUUGUGAAAUAUGCAUUCAAAAACAUUUAUGAAUUAAAAAAUCCAUUAAAUGUGCAAAAAUCAUAGAUUAAAUGUGCAUACGGCCUGCAAAGCUCCGGCGAAAAAUCAACUAAAAACCAACACUGCACUGCAAAAGUUACCGAAAACAGACCCAGACCGUGUCCCUGAUACCGGAGGAAGACAUGGGGAAAAGCUCCAAGAAUUUAAAACUCACUCGGGAGAUGGACACUGAAGUAUCGGAGAACUCUUCCACACGUGGCCUAGGCCCAAGAUGGCGGUGCCGCCUGACAACCCUGACUCUUCAUCCUCCUCCGAGGAACUGUUAGAUGCCCCUGACCCUAUACCGGAAGCAGAACUAUCAACUCCUCACUUAACCCGGGGGGAACAUGGAGCCCCGGCCACCAAAGGAAAUAUAAUGGUAUCUCUUAUUGACAGCCACUAGAGGCGCUUCUGCGCUUCUCACUGUGAUUUUCACAAUGACAAGAUGCCAGCGUCCAUAGGAAAGCAUUGAGAAUGCUUUCCUAUGGACUGGCUGAAUGCGCAUGCGCAUUCAGCCGAUGAUGACCAAAGGAGGAGGAGAUUCACCAGCGCCGAGGGAGCCCGGCUCUGGAGAAAGGUAAGAUUUUAACCCCUUCCUCCCCCUUCAGCCGAGCAGGAGUGGAACCCUGAGGGUGGGGGCACCCUCAGGACACUAUAGUGCCAGGAAAAUGAGUUUGUUUUCCUGGCACUAUAGUGGUCCUUUAACCGAUGGUAAAGUCCCCUCAAUGCUUAGUAAAAUGUAUCCACUGCUUUACCAAAUUGCUGGAGAUGCGGUUUGGUAAAAGGGGAUUUUGUCCAUAUUUCGUGGACAUGCCCAAAAUUAACAAAAUUAUGGAAUGAUAUAUCGCAACAGCUGAAACAAUGGUUUGGACAUGAAUGGGAGUUGAAUCCAGAAAUGGCUCUUUUACAUUUAAACUUUCCCAAACAAAAAAAAGAUGGAAUCAUAUUCUGACAGCAACCAAAUUAUUAUUAGCCAGAAAUUGGUUAUCAAUUAAAAUCCCAACUUGGCUGGAGAUUAAAACGCAUAUUUAUACACAAUGUGCUAAGGAAAGGGGUGUUUUAAGUCAAUCCAAUUGUAAAAGGUCAGAAUUUAAAUUCUGGAAUGAUUGGUUAGCUACUUUGGGGGAGACUUAAUCUAGGUAGUAUAUGAACCCAAGAAAUAACGCACACAGUCAAAGUUCUCCCAUAAAGAGAAUUUGAAUAAACCAGAAUUUAAUCUCCGGAUUGACUACUUAGCUAUCUUAGGCAAAGAUUAACAGUGAAACUUAGGAUCCUAGGUAUUAUACACACUAGUCAAAGUUUUCCUAAAAGGAAAUAAGAAAGGAAAAGAAAAAUAAAGGGAAGAGAGAAGGGGAAAGAAAGGGAAAGAAGUGAAAAGAGAGAAAGGAAAGAAAGGAAGAAAAAGACGGAAAAGAAAAAAAGGGAAGAAGGGGGCAAGAAAUUUUUUUAAAAAUUCAAAAUAAUUAAUAAAUAAAUAAAUAAAAGUAAAGAAGAAAUACUAAGGAAAAAGAUCCCCAUACAUGGAAAGUAUGUCCUGUACUUGUGUCUUUGCCUCCUACGUUUUUUCAUGAUCAGUUAAUCCUCAAGCCCACCAAAAUAUUGAUAUACAUUUUUUUGGGUAGUUAAUGUUCAUAAUUUAUAAGUCUAUUAAUUAGUUUUUUAAGUGAUUUAGGUUAAAUAAGAGUAAAGAAAGCGAAACAGAUAAUGAAUAGAAAAAAACAAGGAAAACGUAGGAGAGAGAGGGGAAUGAACGUGGGAAAGGAAAACGAUAAAAGAUAAGGAUAAAUAAGAGAGGGAAAUUAAAAAAAAACAAAGAAAACGAUAAGCUCUUAGACAAAAGGCCCCUACCAUAUAUAUAUUACUGAAUUUGGAUCGAAGUGUUUGUUUUUUGUAAUGUUAAAUGUUUUUAAUCAUUAUGAGUUUAUAAGAUGAAUAUAAUAAAGGGAUAGUAAUAGAAAAGAGAAAUAGAGGAAGAGGGAAAGAGACGAAUGAGAAAUAAUACAUGAUGAUAAAGGUAUAUCCAUAAAUAAGCAUUUAUUAGUAAGUUAGUCUGUACAGUUGGCUAUUAUGUUCCACUAAUAGGGAGCAGGUGAAACCCUACUGAUAAGAUAUCACGGUGCCACCUAUUUAAUGGUAAACCAGUAUAGGGCUAACCAGGGCCAGAUUAAGAGCCCAUUGGGCCUGGUGCUGACAAUUAUGACGGGCCUAAUUACAGAAUCAUAUCGACCAAAAACAGUAAAACACUCCCAAGCGUCAUGUAUCUGAUGGAGAUGGUGCUGGAGAGAAAGAAAACAGCAGCUAUAAUAAAACACAUACCCUAGGCUAAUCUCUCUCUAAUUUAUGUUUUCAUUUUUCAAGUAAAUCCAUAACCCCUAACAGCAACGUCCAAUCAAGCAGGAAGUCAAUGGGCAUGGUAAAAGGGUGUGCCACUGACACAAAUCACGUAACCUGCUAAAAGGGGCGAACAUGCCCAAAAAGAAGACCUGUCUGCUCAGAGAAUUAGAAGGCCAGCCUGGCAUGAAUGCAUGUCAGGCUGCCUGCCAAUCAUGCAGCUGGCCAACUAAGGGCAUACUAUGCAGACAGCACCCUGAGCUUGGCAUAAAUGCAUCUAAUGAUGCGCUCACUCAACGCUUUCUAAGGACGGUCCCCUAGCACUCGCUGGUCCACUUGUCUCCUUACCUUCUUACUAGCAGGCAGAAGCUCCUGGUAUAUGGUCUGGGACAGAGAAAAGCUGUAUGUAGUGAGUGUAGAAGAAAGGGAACAUGCCACAGUGUUGGAGAGACCAAAGUCAGCAUUACUUUAACCCCUUAAGGACCAAACUUCUGGAAUAAAAUGGAAUCUUGACAUGUUACACAUGUCAUGUGUCCUUAAGGGGUUAAAGGAUCACUAUAGGGUCAGGAACACAAACAUGAAUUCAUGACCCUAUAGUGUUAACACCACCAUCUAGCCCCCCUGGGCCCCUCAUGCCUCCAUAAAUAUAGCAAAAUCUUACUAUAUUCAAGCCUGAAGCUGUAACUCUGCAUGCUGUUAUACUCAUAAAAACAAGCAGUCUGCUGACAUCAUUAGAAGUGGUGGCCUGAUCCAAUCACAGUGCUUCCUCAUAGGAUUGGCUGAGACUGACAAAGAGGCAGAUCAGGGUCAGAGCCAGCAUGAUUCAAACACAGCUCUGGCCAAUCAGCAUCUCCUUAUUUAGAUGAAUUUAAUGAAUCUCUAUGAGGAAAGUUCAGUGUCUGCAUGCAGAGGGAGGAGACCAGGCCCGGACUGGCCAUCGGGCACACCGGGCAAAUGCCCGGUGGGCCGCGGUGGCCAUGGACCGAGGCCGGCAGGGGAGGUCCCAGGAUCUCCCCUGCCGGUCUAUGCAGGGCCGGCACUCUCCUAACGCCGGCACUGUCUCUAACUUGCAGCUCCGCCGGGUUCCUCUCGCGAGAUCUGGCGCGUUGCCAUGGCAACAACCGGAUCUCGCGAGAGUGAACUCUAGCCUCACAGGCUAUGCGGGCUAGAGUUCACUCACCCACGAGGGCCACCAGGGAAUCCAGCCCUUCCAGGUGCCAGCCUCCCAGUCCCAGCGUGCCGGUCCCCCCCUCCCAGGCUAAAGGUAAGGGGGGACUGUUUUUUAUUUUUUUAUUUACCCCCUACACACAAGCAAUAACAUUUAUACAGCACUCACACCCAUCACACACAGCACCUCACACCCAUCACACACAGCACUCUCACACAGCACCAUCACACCCAGCACCUCUCACACCCAUCACACACAGCACUCUCACACAGCACCCUCACACCCAUCACACACAGCACUCUCUCUCACACAACACUCUCACACCCAUCACACACAGCACUCUCUCACACAGCACUCUCACACCCAUCACACACAGCACUCUCACACACAGCACUCUCACACCCAUCACACUCACAGCACUCUCACAGAGCACUCUCACACACACACAGCACUCUCUCACACCCAUCACACUCACAGCACUCUCUCACAGCACUCUCACACACACACAUCACUCUCUCACACGCACUCUCACACGGCACUCUCACACCCAUCACUCACACACGGCACUCUCACACCCAUCACUCACACACCCAUCACUCACACACGGCACUCUCACACACACACACACACACAUACUGCACCCCUCACAUACACACAGAACCCCCCAACACACUGCACCACACACAUACACAAUACUUCCAAAUAUAUAUAUUUAUAUACACACACACACACUCCACUCUUAAAGGACCACUCUAGCCACCCAGACCACUUCAGCUUAAUGAAGUGGUCUUGGUGCCAGGUCCUCCUAGGGUUAACCCAUUGUUUUAUAAACAUAGCCGUUUCAGCGAAACUAUAAAUGCUUUCCUAUGCGACCGGCUGAAUGCGUGCGCAGCUCUUGCCGCGCGUGUGCAUUCAGCCGACGGGGCGGAUCGGAGGAGGAGCGCUCCCCGCCCGGCGCUGGAAAAAGGUAAGUUUUAACCCCUUUCCAGAGCCGGGCGCGAGGGGGUCCCUGAGCCACAUAUGCAUCACAUUACACCACAAACACAACACGACUAAAACCGACCUUAUUACACAAUACCACACCACGACCAGCUCACUCUACACACACGCAAUACCACAAGCAGGCUCCAAACACAUGCACAAUACUCUUUCCUGGCCUUUUGUCUCCUGGUAUCCAUUUAUAGAGACACCAUAGACAAGUUGCAAGGAAACACAGUGCAAGCAUGUUAUUAAAUUUGCUUGCACUGUGCAGAACAAAUACAGGACUUUUUUCUCAUGCUAGAGCUCUUCAGCAGAGCUCUGUGCAUGGUCUGCCCUGGAAGAGCAUUGAACCAACAUGCUCACUUUGAGAGGGGGCGUGUUUGUCAUGAGUGAUGACAAAACACACCUCCUCUGCCCCGCCCCCUUCUUAGUGGGCCGCUGUAUUAAAAAAAUGCCCGGGACGAAUUUUUCUCCCAGUCUGGCCCUGGAGGAGACACUGAAUGUUUGGAUGCAUUUUAGGCAGCCAUGACCCAGGAAGGAUCUCUAACAGUCAUCUAAAGAGUGGCCAGUGAAGUUAUCACUAGGAUGUAAUGUAAAGACUGCAUUUUCUCUGAAAAGACAGUGUUUACAGCAAAAACCCUGACGGUAAUGAUUCUAUGAUUCUACUCACCAGAACAAAUUCAAUAAGCUGUAGUUGUUCUGGUGACUAUGGUGUCCCUUUAACUAUAUUCAUUGUUAGCCAGUCCACACAAGUUUUGUUCCCAUACAUCCCACUUAAGUUUCCAUACUUAAGUAAGAGUAUGUGAAAAGUAGUUAGGGUUGCCACCUUUCUUGGAAAAACAUACCGGCCUUGCUAAUUUGCAUAAUUAAAUAUGUAUGGGUGACAUCACAUGAUGUAAAUCACAAGGAGUGACAUAAGAGAAAAUGCUGUAAAAUCACCAAAAAACUACUUAGUUUGAUUCUGCUGUAUAGAUGGAUUCCUCCCAGUGCCCCAUGUCUCCCAGUGCCCUCAUGACUCAGUGCCCCCAUGUGUCGAUUACUCCAGGCCUCAGUGUUCCUAUGUAUCAGUGUCUCAGUGCCCCAUGUCUCCCAGUGUCCCCUAGUGUCGUGUCCCCAGGUCUCCCAGUGAUCCUAUGUAUCAGUGUCUCAAUGCCCCAUGUCUCCCUGUGUCCCCAUGUAUCCCAGGGUCCCCAUGUCACUAGGACACUAGGAAAACGGGGAGACCUGGGGACACGGGGAGACCUAGGGACACGGAGACACCAGUGACACUGGGAGACUAGGGGACUCUGGCUGGGACACAUGGGGACAAUGGGAGAAUAGGGGACACUUGAAGACAUGGGGACACAGACACCAGGGACACAGACACUAGAGACACUGGCUGGGGACAUUGAGACAUGGGGGCACUGGGAGACAUGGGGACACUGAGACACCAGGGGCACUGUGUCCCCAUGUGUCUGUGUCAUAAUAUCUCCCAAUGUCCCUUAGUGUCUCAGUGUCUGCCAUAAUGUCUCCCAAUGUCCCUUAGUGUCUCAGUGUCUGCCAUAAUGUCUCCCAGUGUCCCUUAGUGUCUCAGUGUCUGCCAUAAUGUCUCCCAAUGUCCCUUAGUGUCUCAUUGUCUGCCAUAAUGUUUCCCAAUGUCCCUUAGUGUCUCAGUGUCUGCCAUAAUGUCUCCCAGUGUCCCUUAGUGUCUCAGUGUCUGCCAUAAUGUCUCCCAAUGUCCCUUAGUGUCUCAGUGUCUGCCAUAAUGUUUCCCAAUGUCCCUUAGUGUCUCAGUGUCUGCCAUAAUGUCUCCCAAUGUCCCUUAGUGUCUCAGUGUCUGCCAUAAUGUCUCCCAGUGUCCCUUAGUGUCUCAGUGUCCCCAUGUCUCCUUGCAGCCUUUCCCCCAUCCCUUACUUCCCUGAGCUGUAGGCUGUCUCUGCAGGGUGGGAGUUGCUGUCUGGACUCUCUGUAGCUGCACCCCUGCAGAUCAGUGAGUAUAGAUAGGCAGGGAGGGAUAUGCUGGAACUUCCUAUCCCUGCCUGUCUCCCACACACAGUGACCCCUACUGGCCAGUGCUGGUAUUGCAUAGUAAUCUCUUGUUUAUACUGAGAAAAAUACCAGCAUUUGUAUUGCCAGUAUCACUGUACUAUUGGCACCAGCCAGGCAGCCUCAAAUACUGGCUGUGCCAAUAAAAUAAAGGCCAGGUGGAAUCCCUAAGAGUAGUGUGUGAAAAAAAGAAUUUUUUUUUUUUUUUUUUUUUUAAAUCAAUGGGCCUAUUCCAUGGGCCUGGGCCUGGAGCUGCAGCUCCAUCAGCCCCUAUGUUAAUCCGGCCCUGGGGCUAACAUGAUGUGAAGUGAUUCCUGGAAGAGUUGCAUGAUCCCUUACUGCCUCCAUAAACAACACCUAAUUCCUACAGGUCUGGAAUCACAGAAAAAUAUCCUGUGGAACUCACUGUGCUGCUUGCGUGGACAUGGGUAGUCAAUAUACUGUAGGCCAUCCAGAAACGGUCCAUUUGUCAGCCUAUAAAGCACUUCAGCAGAAAAUUAUCUUUAAAAAACUUGGGAGAAUGCUCUCUGAUCUUCUGUCUGCUAAACAUUGAAGCCUCCUGCUUUAAUUAUCAUCCAGUGCAAUCCAAUUUCAGGACUAAGACAUUGUAUAGCUUGUGUAUAUCUGCCAAUUGUGCAUGAGAUGUGUCCUGCUUGUUGUGUUCCUCCAAAAUGUCCUUCUCUAUGGCUCUGACUUAUCCAGUCUGGAUGCUGAGAUCUUCCUUAAAGAGUGCCAUUUCUAUGGUAAAGAGGACUUUGAUGUGCUGCACCAGGUUGAAAAUAACUCCCUUUGCGAUCAGUCACCAAAUUUGCCUCAGGAGACAAAACCAGGAGGCCUCUAUAAUGGAAUCGUAUCAGAGUGGGAAUUAGUAUAAUCUAAGGUUGAUGUAAAAAAUGUUGCUAACGAGAACAAAGGAAUAUUCCAAAAUCUCAGACUAUCUCCUAUUUUUCCCCGAGGUAUGGGUAGGUAUGGCACAGAGAGAGGUAAGUUUAUUUGAUUUUUAUCUGUGUUCUUGCCCAGACCUCUGGCUCAAUGCCGACAAUUUCUAAUGCAUAAAGACCCUGGACACACAAACACACUUGCCUUUAUUGAUCUGUGCAACAACUACAUAAGCAAAAUAUAAGUCCACCUAGACACCAUGAUCAAAACCGGAGCUGUAUGAGUAAAUAAAAACAAUUGUUUAUAAUAUUUCUGUGUGUGCUUAAAAAGUAAGCAUUAGUGGGUUAUUCCAUGACUAUUCUGGUGUUUUGAAAUGGUCAUUGUAUUUUCAUUAUGCACAGCCUUCCUAAAUACUUCCUGUAAAGUGGGAUCUAUUGUUUAUACUUCCUUUAUUGCACAGUAUGUUUAAUUCAGAAUGUAUUUCCUGCACUGUUAAUAGUUUUCUAGACCUUGCAUGAGCUUCCUGUAUGUUCAAUUUACAGAGCAGGACUUCUAAAAUAAGUUAACAUUUUAUUCAAAAUGCAACCAUUUUUUUCAUACAGGAUGUGUGAAUCACAACCAAGGAAAUUGUGGCUACGGCUACAUAAACAGAAACAAUACUGAUUUGAUUCCUAAAUGACAGAGAAUUGAGCAGUAAGACUGCAAUGACGUGAUAUAUAAACCAAAACUGCUUCAUUAAGCUUAAGUUGUUUUGGUGACUAUAGGGUCCCUCUAAAUCAGAUCCAACCCUGUCUAAUGUCUAAAAGCAACAAUAACACUUAGGUGAAGCUUGGAAGAGCAGGAAUAUACAAAGUGCAUUAUCUAUAAAUUUUGGAGAACAAAGAUCCCACUGCAAACAAUUCUGUCUUUGUAUGGCAACUCAUAUCACAUAAGUGCGUAUCUGCAAUCAUUUUAAUAAUUGGAAAAUGCCUCUUGUCAGUCCAUCACAUAUUUCAAGUUUCAUAACUCUGCUAUUGGCAGGUCAGGGCCCUCCGCUUGCCAAUUUACUAGAUGAUACAUUUACAAUUUGCAGAUAUGCUCUCAUAUUAUGAUCCUAUGUCAUAUAUACUUGUGUUUUAUUGUUAUUGUGUCCUAAUGUUCUUUUUGAUUGCAAUCAGAAAACACUACAAAAGUAUGAUAUCAGAUUCCAAGUCAUUCUCACCAAUGGAGAUUGGCAUAGCCCUAAUGAUCGUGUGCAUACAUUUCAUCAGAAUGAAGAUGAACUUUGCCCACCUAGAAUCCUUCCCUUACCAAUUCUAGCUGAGCCCUGACAGUGCUCUGUAAUAAAUGCUCCAAUGACUUAUAGUGAUUUGUUCAGAAAUAUCAAAAACAAAGCAAGCUCACUUGUCUAAUGUCCUUUGUGGGUGUACACCUUUCCUUACGUGCCACAUCCACACUCCAAGAUCCAGUUUAUCCACCUUGGCAGGUGUCCCAUAGAUAAUGCAGCCAAUAAACUUCCAGUACCAAACCUCCAGGACUAGACUUUUAUUCCAAAAUAAAGCUUAGCUUUUAUUCCAAGAUAGCAUAAAAAAUAAACCUACGUAGCCAAUGGCCACUGAAUUCAUAAAACUGUGCUUAAAAUUAAGUGUUCAAAUUCCCAAGCAGACAUACCUAAUGAAUGUCCUUACUUGUUUUGUGCUUGCCAUGAGCACUUAAUCAUAGGUAGGGACUUGUAUCCAUCAUCGACUUGGACAGUUAUUAUUCAUGUUUACAAAUCAGUUGGAAAUCUCCAAGGUGGGAUUUUCAAGAGUUUCUAAAACAUCUCCAUAACCAUAAGUCUAAGUUACUUGGCAAAUGACUUUUGUUAUUUUAAUGGUUGAAUUGUUCCUGAUGCACACACUGUUUAAACAGUGAUUAAUGUUUGUAUUUAAAUGCGGCUUGAGAGUACAGCUUCUGUGCCAAUGGUUCAAUGGUCUGAACCAUUGAAAGAGGUAAUGCUUCAAAGUAGUUCAAUUCUAAAAGCUUCACCGAAGAAAAUGCCAACAGUUCUGUGUAUUGAAUUAUAAAAACAAUGUAAAAUAAAAUGAAAAAUUCAGCUGAGUGCCGAGAUAGCAUGUAUGAGAUAACCAACUGAUCAUAUAGGCUUUUACUGUUGAUGAUAAGCAAGAUGUCCUUAGGGAGGGGGUGAAUCGGACCCCCAGCUCAGUGAUAUGUUGCAAUCAUUUUUGGUGCUGCAAUCAGGAGGAGAUAUGUAUAGCUCACUGGAGUUGGAGAAUAUAAAUCUCCCAUCAGUGUGAUUAAUAACAGUGCAAUGCCAAUUCUUUUAUUUACUAAAGCCAAAUUUUGGCAGAAAUUCAGCCAACCUGACCAAAUAUGCACCUAUUGGCCGGAUGCAUUCAGGGUCCGAAUUAAAAUCAGUGAUUUUCCAUAAAGCUCUGAUUUGAAAGAAUUUGGGACCAAAUGCAUCCAGCAGGAUGCACGUUCGCAAACUGUAACAGAAGUUCCCAUGUCAACUCCCUUUGGAGAGGCUUAAAGGCCAGCCUCUUACCCAUAGACUAUGGACCUGGUACCAGGAGUCCCUGAAAGAGGUGUGUGACAACAGCAAUCAAGUUAGAAACUAUACAUUGUUACUUUGAUAACUCUGCUGCGCCCUCUGCUGACUGACUAAUCAUUUGCAUACGACUUGUAUGCAAAUGAGGGCAACAAAAUAAGUUGUUAAAUGUAUAUAUUAUUGCUUUUUAUCGUAUUUUAUUAGAAAUGUUAUUUGAAACAUAGAAACAUAGAAUGUGACGGCAGAUAAGAACCAUUUGGCCCACCUGGUCUGCCCAAUUUUCUAAAUACUUUCAUUAGUCCCUGGCCUUAUCUUAUAGUUAGGAUAGCCUUAUGCCUAUCCCACGCAUGCUUAAACUCCUUUACUGUGUUAACCUCUCCCACUUCAGCUGGAAGGCUAUUCAAUGCAUCCACUACCCUAGUGGCGUACACACGAUCCCGGUGCGAAAAUUAAUCCAUGGCUCCCCCCCGCGCUUACUCUGGCAACACAUGGCUGUGACCCCUGCGACCGCUGUAUGUACGCCAGAGCAUGCAGAUACACAUACACUUAAAGGCUUAAAGGACCACAAUAGGCAUUCAGAUCACGUCAGCUCAAUGAAGUGGUCUGGUUGCUAGGUCCCUCUAGUUUUAACCCUGCAGCUGAAAACAUAGCAGUUUCAGAGAAACUGCUAUGUUUCACUGAGGGUUAAUCCAGCCUCUAGUAGCUGUCUCACUGACAGCCGCUAGAGGAGCUUCCGCAAUUCUCACUGUGAAAAUCACAGUGUGAAGACGCUGAACAUCCAUAGGAAAGCAUUGAGUAAUGCUUUCCUAUGGGCGGUUUGAAUGCGCGUGCGGCUCUUGUCAUGCAUGCGCAUUCGUAGCUGAGAGGUGGGAAUGGAGCGGAGAGAUCCCCAGCGCCAAGGGAGCCCAGCGCUGGAGAAAGGUAAGUGCUGAAGGGGUGCUAACCACACACACACUCUCGCGAACAGACGCAAACACACUAGCUAACAGACACACACAUUUACUGACAGACACACACUCAGUGACAGACAUACAUACACACUCACUGACAGGCAGACACACAUACACACACACACACUCACUUAUAAAACAUAUACUCUCACUGACAAACACACACUCACUAACAGACACCAAACAGACUCACUAACAGACACACACUAACAGACACACUCAGUAACAGAUACACACACACUCACUGACACACAAACUAACACACUCACUGACACUCACUAGCAGACACACACUCAAUAACAGACACACACAAACACACCACUAACACACUAAGUAACAGACACACACACACAGUAACACACAUACACACUCACUUUUUUUUUUAAUUUAAGCCCCCAGCCUCCCUAUCUUUGGGAGUGCUGCCCCUCAGAUUUCCCUGGGGUCCAGUGGGGCUGCUGGGCGUCUGGUCACUGCAUGCUGCGAGUUAGCACUGAUCCUCCUGUUCAGCUUACUCGCAUGCCGCUUACUGAUGCCGGAGCCGAAGUGAUGUCAUAUUCCGGCUCCGGCAUCACUGCGGUGCGCGUGAGAGAGCUAGGCAGAGAGUGCUCAGGGGAAGAAUGCUCCCUCGCGUGCACGCGUGCCUGCCAGGUGACACCACUGCCAGCCCCGGGGGGCCCUGAGGUGGCCAGCUCCUGGAACUGGCGUACAUACCCGGGUCGCAGGGUGGCCAGGCCCCCUGGUGGGCCGGGCCCAGUCGCAGCAGCGACCCCUGCGAUCGCAUACUUCCUGAUAUUAUUUUUAAACCUUUGCCUCUUUUAUGUCCUCUUGUUGUGAUAGUUUUUCUUCUUUUAAAUAUAGUCUCCUCUUUUACUGUGUUGAUUCCCUUUAUGUAUUUAAAUGUUUCUAUCAUAUCCCCCCUGUCUCGUCUUUCCUCCAAGCUAUACAUGUUAAGAUCCUUUAACCUUUCCUGGUAAGUUUUAUUCUGCAAUCCAUGAACCAGUUUAGUAGCCCGUCUCUGAACUCUCUCUAAGGUAUCAAUAUCCUUCUGGAGAUACAGUAUCCAGUAUUUGUAUUAUAUAGUUCAUGUAUUAAUUUGAAUUGCUAAUUUGCUAAUGUUUUAUGUAUUUGUAUUUUAAAUGUUUAUCACCACAUGUUUAAGGACUAGUCCCCAAAGGCUAGUCCUUGUCCCCCAAAAAUAGUUUUGUAUGUUAGUUUCUUUUGGAACUGUGUGUUGUGUUUGGAUUUUAAGGGAUUCCAGUAACAGAGUAUUCAAACCUUUAGGCUGGCUGCAUGAUCCCUCUAGCCCUGGGGCAAUCAAGAGAGCUAGGCCUGAGAGCCGCAAGUGUCUUUGUAAAGACAUGAGCAAUCACUAUAAGUAGAGCUGCAGAGGAAUAGGCAGUGGACAAUACCUGCCUGGAAGGUCGGGUGAAAGUGUUCUGGAGAGACUUCAGUCAAGCUUUGGCAACUGGGGCUGAAACAUUCCAGGCUUCCUCCCCAACGGCUAGAAAGCGGAUUGGGCAGAGGUACUUGGUUGGAGUACAGGUGCUCAGUUACAUGGCUAGCAAAUAGUAAAACAAAAUCUUAGCAUUGUGCGAGGGUUAACCAUACGGCAGCUUAUCAGUGUUUGCUAGCCAGUCGCUAUAUUAAGAUGUGGUUUUAAAAUGGUGGUUUGCAGUGUGAGUAAAGAGCUGCUUUAGCUCCAAUAAGACCUUCUACAAUGCUGAGUGAUGUUAGGGAGCCAGGUACUGGGACACUCUGUUAUCUGACGGCCUGUGUUCACCUGUCCCUUCUGUUCCAUUUGAAUCAGUUCAAACAGCAACAGACCAAAUGGGAAAGACCAGCAACAGUUAAACAGACAGUCUCCUAGCAUGGCAAGCAGAGCAAGGACACCACAGACACACCCAGCAUGUAUCUACUUACUAUUAAAGGGACACUCCAGGCACCCAGACCACUUCUGCCCAUUGGAGUGGUCUGGGUGCCAACUCCCACCACCCUGCAAUAAUUACCUUGCAGGGUUAAGUCCUCCUCUAGUGGCUGUUUAUCAGAAUUAUGACCAUUUUGCUUUGAAUAGGUCAUGGUGCAAGGAGCCUAUAUGUGCAGUGUAUCAGUAUAAAACACUUCAUAAUAUAACAAAUUCCAGGCUGGCUAAUGUGAAUCCUGUGUAUAUUCUGUCAGCUGAGCAAUGUCAGCCAAUGAAUGGAUGGCAGGAUUAGUAUCCAGCCUCAACCGACAUCAUUAAAGGAGGCUCAGUGCUACACACACACACAGCACCACUCCACACACUCUGCACUCCUCACACACACACCCACACUCUGCUCCCCUCACACACACACACAGAGACACACACACUCAGCACCCCUCACACACUGCAUCCCUUACAAACACACUAUGCACCCCUCACACACAGCACCACUUACAAAUACACACAGCACGCCUCACACACAUACACUGCACCCCCGACUGAAGUCUGUGUGUGUGUAUUUAGCAGUCUGUGUGUGUAUUCAGAAGUGCGUGUGUAUUUAGCAGUCUGUGUGUGUGUGUAUCCAGCGGUAUGUGUGUGUAUCCAGUAGUCUGUGUGCAUUCAGCAGACUGUGUGUAUCUAUCCAGCAGUCUGUGUGUAUUCAGCAGACUCUGUGUGUGUGUAUUUAUGUGUAUUCAGCAGUCUCUGUGUGUGUGUGUGUGUGUAUUUAGCAGUCUGUGUGUGUAUUUAGCAUUCAGGAGUCUGUCGAUGUGUCUUUACUCAGCAGUCUGUGUGUAUACUCAGCAGUCUGUAUGUGUAUUUAACAGUCUGAUUGUGUUUAUUCAACAGUCUGUGUGUAGGUACUCAGCAGUCUGUCUGUGUCUGUACUCAGCAGUCUGUCUGUCGAUAAUUUACAAUUUUAUUCCUGUAAAUUGUUGUGUAGGUAGGGACCCCAGUGCACUGCUUUGCCCGGGGGCCUAUGAUGCUCAAACGAGCUUACAGUCUACAGGAGGAGGGGGGUUAAACCCAACAGGACAGGAAGUAGCAAUCAAACAAGGUGGAGUGAAGAAGAGCUGGAGGAGAGAAUAGAGUGCUGCCCUUUUGGAGAGAGCAAGGGACAGGUAUGUGAGGUAGAAGUUACUCUUGGAGGCCAUAAGCUUUCCUAAAGAGAUGGGUUUUGAGGCACUUUUUGAAUGAUUGAAGAGUAGGGGAGAGAUUGAUGGUCGUAGGCAGGCUAUUCCAAAGGAAAGGAGCCACCCGCGAGAAGUCCUGCAAGCGUGAGUUGGCUAUACGGGUGCGAGCAUCUUGUGUAAGAAAGGGGCAGAUGCAGCCUAUGUUUUUAAGGUGGAAUCUACAGGAUUUGGUAACAGUGGCACAGAGACCGAGUGAUUAAAGAGUUUGGAGAAAGACAACAUGGUCAAACAGUGUCAAAGGCAGCAGAGAAGUCAAGAAGAAUUAGUAUAGAGUAGAGCCCUUUGGAUUUAGCUGCGAUUAGGUCGUUAGUAACUUUAAUAAGAGCAGUCUCAGUAAAGUGGAGGUGGGGCAGAAGCCAGACUGAAGACGGUCAAGGAGGAAAAAGGGAGCAGGGAUAUGGGAUGAAAGUUAGAAAGGGAGGACGGGUCAAGAGAUGUUUUUUUUAAGAUGGGUACAGUCGCAUGUUUAAGGGCAGCAGGGACAACACCAGAAGAGAGAGAGCAGUUGAAGAUGUGUGUUAAGGAAGGCACAAGACAAGAGGAAAUAGAUCUGAUAAGGUGAGAUGGGACGGGAUCAAGCGGGCAAGUGGUGGGUCGAGAGGAAAGGAGAAGCACAGCCACCUCUUGUUCAGUAGCCUGGGAGAAAGUCUAAAGGGUAGUGAAGGCAUGACCUAGGUGUGGUUGAGAAAGAGAGGGACAGGCUGGUGAGAACUCUUUCCUUAGCUGUUCAAUCUUGUCAGUAAAGUACCAUACAAAGCUAUCGGCUAUAAGGUUAGUUUGGGGGGUGGCCAAAGAAGGGAGUUAAAGGUAUUAAAAAGACACCUGUGAUUGCGGGAGCAUGAACUAAUGAGGGAGGAAAAGUAUUGCUGCUUGGCAAGGGCAAGGGCUGUGCUGUAUGAACGCAACACGAAUUUGUAGUGGAGGAGGUAAGACUGGGUGAGUGACUUCCUCCAGAAGCGUUCUUCAGAACGGGAACAUCUCUGCAGGUAGCGUAUUAAUUUAGUGUGCUGUGUUGGGGGCGUGUUCUCCUCAAGGUGCAUGUUUGAAGCGUGGCUGCAUCGUCCAGGGCAGAGGUGAGGGUAGUGUUAUAUGAGGAGAUAGCCAGUGAGGGACAGAAGAAAGUAGGGAUGGAUAGAAGUUGGGAAUCAAUAUUAGCUGAUAGCUGCUGGAGGUCAAUAUAAUUUACAUUUCUUAUUAGUUGUAGGGGGUUAGGUUGAGGGUGAUGGGGUAGGGUAUUAUUGAGAGCAAAUGAUAAGAGGUGGUGAUCUGAGAGAGGAAAUGAAGUGUUGCAGAGAUUAGAGACUGUACAUCCAUGAGAGAAAAUAAGAUCAAGGGUAUUGCCAGCUACAUGGGUGGGGUACAUAGCCCAAGUAAUUGAAAGCAGUUUUGAGGCUACUGAGGACAAGGGUAGGUUAAUGGGAAUGUUGAAGUCGCCAAGAAUUAGGGAUGGAAUAUUAGAGGAGAGGAAGUAGGGAAGCCAAGCAAGCAAAGUGCUCAAGGAAGAGGAGAGGGGAACCAACGGUACGAUAGAUAACAACAAUGUUAGCAGAGAUGGGUUUGAAAAGGCGAAUUGAAUGAAAUUCAGAUGAGGAGAAAGAGAUACAGGGACACUCCUGUUAGCUUACCUUUGAAUCCUGGAGGAUGGCUUGCUUGAUGCUCUGGUCCUGGCUGAGAGUAAGCAUGCAGUAGCAGCUCACUCCAGCCUCUCUUCUGCUGCCUCCAUGCUGCCUCCUCCCUCCAGUCCUCCUGUAAGGCUCUCUGUGAAGCAGGGAGAAAGUGACAGGCUGAUAUUGCUUCCUCCCUGCCGGCUGAUAGUGCGCUCUUAAAGUACCAGCACCCCACCAGCCCCUGCUUAGUAUGAUGGAAGGGGGGCACAAAUCAUGUAUAAUAUCCUUGAAACCAACACACACUAUCUUAUAUACAUUGUAUGUCAGAUUGUGUGUGUGAUUUCCGGGAUAUUAAACAUGCUCUGCAGGUGUGAGGGAGCCGCAUGCAAAAUGUUGGAUUGGGAUGUCUGCUAUUUUGCUCCUUCCCCAGCCCCUCCGUGUCUCUUUUUCUCCACAGCCCCUUUUGUGUGCCUCUUUCUCCCCUUUCCAGCCCAUCUGUGUGUCUCUUCCUCCAGCACUUUGUUUCUUUCUCCCCCAGCCCCUCUAUGUCUCUUUGUGUCUCCCCAGCCCCUCCAUAUGUCUCAUUCUCCCCCGAGCUCAUCCAGGUGUCUCAUUCCCCCCCUCUCUCUAGGCUCCUAAGGGCAGUUUACCUGUGAGGGUGUCAAUGUGUGGGUAUAGUGUGUCCCUGUCAGUAUAUUAGUGUAUGUGCAGUGUGUCAUUGUGAGUGCAGUGUGUCCCUGUGAGUUUGUCAGUGUGAAUGCAGUGUAUUUCUGUGAGUGUGUCAGUGUGAACGCAGUGUGUCUCUGUGAGUGUGUCAGUGCAGUGUUUCAGUGUGUUUCUGUGAGUGUGUUAGUGUGAACGCAGUGUGUCUCUGUGAAUGUGUCAGUGUGAACGCAGUGUGUCUCUGUGAGUGUGUCAGUGCAGUGUUUCAGUGUGUUUCUGUGAGUGUGUCAGUGCAGUGCUUCUGUGAGUGUGUCAGUGUGAGCGCAGUGUGUUUCUGUGAGUGUGUCAGUGUGAACGCAGUGUGUCUCUGUGAGUGUGUCAGUGCAGUGUUUCAGUGUGUUUCUGUGAGUGUGUUAGUGUGAACGCAGUGUGUCUCUGUGAAUGUGUCAGUGUGAACGCAGUGUGUCUCUGUGAGUGUGUCAGUGCAGUGUUUCAGUGUGUUUCUGUGAGUGUGUCAGUGUGAGUGCAGUGUGCAGGGCCGGAUUAACAUAGGGGCUGAUGGAGCUGCAGCUCCAGGCCCAGGCCCAUGGAAUAGGCCCAUUGAUUUAAAAAAAAAAAAAAAAAAAUUAUUAUUUUUUUUCACACUACUCUUAGGGAUUCCAUCUGGCUUUUAUUUUAUUGGCACAGCCAGUAUUUGGGGCUGCCUGGCGGUGCCAAUAUUGCAGUUAUACUGGCAAUACAAAUGCUGGUAUUUUUUAUCAGUAUAAACAAGAGAUUACUCUGCAAUACCAGCACUGGCCAGUAGGGGUCGCUGUGUGUGGAGACAGGCAGGGAUAGGAAGUUCCAGCAUAUCCGUCCCUGCCUAUCUAUACUCACUGCUCUGCAGGGGUGCAGUUACAGAGAGUCCAGACAGCAACUCCCACCCUGCAGAGACAGCCUACAGCUCAGGGAAGUAAGGGAUGGGGGGAAAGGCUGCAAGGAGACAUAUACUGAGACACUAAGGGACACUGGGAGACAUUUAUGGCAGACAUUGAGACACUAAGGGACACUGGGAGACAUUAUGGCAGACAAUAAGGGACACUGGGAGACGUUAUGGCAGACACUAAGGGACACUGGGAGACAUUAUGGCAGACACUGAGACACUAAGAGACAUUAUGGCAGACACUAAGGGACACUGGGAGACAUGGGUCACUGAGACACUGAUACAUAGGAACACUGAGACCUGGAGUAAUCGACACAUGGGGGCACUGAGUCAUGAGGGCACUGGGAGACAUGGGGGCACUGGGAGGAAUCCAUCUAUACAGCAGAAUCAAACUAAGUAGAUUUUUGGUGAUUUUACAGCAUUUUCUCUUAUAUCACUCCUUGUGAUUUACAUCAUGUGAUGUCACCCAUACAUAUUUAAUUAUGCAAAUUAGUAAGGCCGGUAUGUUUUUCCAAGAAAGGUGGCAACUCUAACUACUUUUCACAUACUCUUACUUAAGUAUGGAAACUUAAGUGGGAUGUAUGGGAACAAAACUUGUGUGGACUGUCUGACAAUGAAUAUAGUUAAAGGGACACUAUAGUCACCAGAACAACUACAGCUUAUUGAAUUUGUUCUGGUGAGUAGAAUCAUUACCGUCAGGCUUUUUGCUGUAAACACUGUCUUUUCAGAGAAAAUGCAGUCUUUACAUUACAUCCUAGUGAUAACUUCACUGGCCACUCCUUAGAUGACUGUUAGAGAUCCUUCCUGGGUCAUGGCUGCCUAAAAUGCAUCCAAACAUUCAGUGUCUCCUCCCUCUGCAUGCAGACACUGAACUUUCCUCAUAGAGAUUCAUUAAUGAAAUUCAUCUAUAUAAGGAGAUGCUGAUUGGCCAGGGCUGUGUUUGAAUCAUACUGGCUCUGACCCUGAUCUGCCUCUUUGUCAGUCUCAGCCAAUCCUAUGGGGAAGCACUGUGAUUGGAUCAGGCCACCACUUCUAAUGAUGUCAGCAGACUGCUUGUUUUUAUGAGUCUAACAGCAUGCCGAGUUACAGCUUCAGGCUUGAAUAUAGAUUUUGCUAUAUUUAUGGAGGCAUGAGGGGUCCAGGGGGGCUAGAUGGUGGUGUUAAUACUAUAGGGUCAUGAAUUCAUGUUUGUGUUCCUGACCCUAUAGUGAUCCUUUAAGGUAAUGCUGACUUUGGUCUCUAACACUGUGGCAUGUUCCCUUUCUUCUACACUCACUACAUAUAGCUUUACUCUUUCCCAGACCAUAUACCAGGAUCUUCUGCCUGCUGGUAAGGAGACAAGUGGACCAGCGAGUGCUAGGGGACAGUCCUUAGAAAGCGCUGAGUGAGCGCAUCAUUAGAUGCAUUUAUGCCAAGCUCAGGCUGCAUGAUUGGCAGGCAGCCUGACAUGCAUUCAUCUCAGGCUGGCCUUCUAAUUCUUUGAGCAGAAAUGUCCUCUUUUUGGGCAUGUUUGCCCGUUUUGGCAGGUUACGUGAUUUGUGUCAGUGGCAAACCCUUUUACCGUGCCCAUUGACUUCCUGCUUGAUUGGACGUUGCUGUUAGAGGUUAUGGAUUUACUUGAAAGCUGAAAACAUAAAUUAGAGAGAGAUUAGCCUAGGGUAUAUGUUUUCUUAUAGCUGCUGUUUUCUUUCUCUCCAGCACCAUCUCCAUCAGAUACAUGAUGCUUAUGAGUGUUUUACUGUUUUUGGUCGAUAUGAUUCUGUAAUUAGGCCCGCCAGAAUUGUCAGCACCAGGCCCACUGGGCUCUUAAUCUGGCCCUGGCAGUGUGUCCCUGUGAGUGUGAGUGCAAUCCUCUGAGCUGGUUUCAUUUAAACUAGUGAAAAGAACGGAGGAAAUGCAUAACAAAUCUAAUCAGUGUAAGAGUAAUCUGUACACACAAAAACGCAUUUACCACUAGGGGGCGAUGGAGUGAAGAGAGCAAGAUGCCAGAAGCACUGGGGAAGAUAGAGAUGAGAAUCUGAGCUAAAUGUUGCCAAGUUCGGGAACUGGCUAAUUAAUUAGAGAGUAACAGUUAAUAUAAUGGAAGGAACUCAAAAUAAAUCAAAAAAAUACUAUAAUUAAGACAGGUGCUCACUAUAAAUACCAAGUUUUCCUUCAGGGCUAAAUACAUACAACACAAUUUACUACACACUAUGUAAAAAAUCAACAAACUUUAUUAGAAAAUCCAAAAAUGAUCCAUAAAUACACCAAAAACAUGAUAAAAAAUCAGGGGGCUGAGGCUGACCUCCAUGAGGAUAAGAUGUAUAUCAAGAGAGCCCUGAGGCAAAAGCUAACUAAUGAGCUGCUUUUGGAGCCUUGCUGCUCGGAUUCGACGAUUCUUACCAGUGUGAGCCGGAGAUAUAAUCUUGUGGGCUUUAGUGGAGUGCGACCAGUGGCUGGUCCAGUCAUGCUUGGCGGAUCUGAAGCGGAUCAGACCCGCGGGCUACUAACAGCUAGUGAAGGGGAUGUGGCCGAUCCCACCACCAAAUACCUCUUGCAGGUCCCAGGAUAUCAAGGCAUACAUAUCUGGGGCUACGGUGGGCGCCUAUCAGCAUCUGCAGUCAAGCUACAGAGAUCUCGUCCCUCCCAAAAUGGCGCAUGCCAUGUGCCUGCCCGAAUCCCGAUCCACAUGCUCUCUUUUCCUGGAAAGAUUAGACAGGCUGCUCUUGGAUUUCUGGUCCAAACUCAAAGGCCGACUAGUGGCAUCUGAAGGCAUCCCUACCAUGCCUGUGUCCUUGCAGCAUUUUCAUUGAUUUAAUUAUUCUCUCACUCUUUUUAUUCUGUCUCUACUAACUAUCUAUUAAAGGAUAGGAUUGAUGAACAUCUAAAAACACAUGGAUUUCAAGAUCAGAGACAACAUGGGUUUACUUCAGGGAGAUCAUGCCAAACUAAUCUUAUUGAUUUUUGAUUGGGUAACUAAAAUUAUAGAUCAGGGUGGUGCAGUAGACAUUGCUUACCUAGAUUUCAGUAAGGCUUUUGACACUGUUGCACAUAGAAGGCUUAUCAAUAAACUGCAAUCUUUAAGUUUGGAUUCCAAUAUUGUUGAAUGGGUAAGGCAGUGGCUGAGUGACAGGCAACAGAGGGUUGUAGUUAAUGGAAUAUAUUCAAAGCUUGGACUUGUCACCAGUGGGGUACCUCAGGGAUCUGUACUUGGACCCAUUCUCUUUAAUAUUUUUAUUAGUGAUAUUGCAGAAGGUCUUGAUGGUAAGGUAUGUCUUUUUGCUGAUGAUACUAAGAUAUGUAACAGGGUUGAUGUUCCAGGAGGGAUAAGCCAAAUGACAAAUGAUUUAGGUAAACUAGGAAAAUGGUCAGAAUUGUGGCAACUGACAUUUAAUGUGGAUAAGUGCAAGAUAAUGCAUCUUGGACGUAAAAACCCAAGGGCAGAGUACAGAAUAUUUGAUAGAGUCCUAACCUCAACAUCUGAGGAAAGGGAUUUAGGGGUGAUUAUUUCUGAUGACUUAAAGGUAGGCAGACAAUGUAAUAGAGCAGCAGGAAAUGCUAGCAGAAUGCUUGGUUGUAUAGGAGAGGUAUUAGCAGUAGAAAGAGGGAAGUGCUCAUGCCAUUGUACAGAACACUGGUGAGACCUCACUUGGAGUAUUGUACACAGUACUGGAGACCGUAUCUUCAGAAGGAUAUUGAUACCUUAGAGAGGGUUCAGAGAAGGGCUACUAAACUGGUUCAUGGAUUUUGGGAUAAAACUUACCAGGAAAGGUUAAAGGAUCUUAACAUGUAUAGCUUGGAGGAAAGACGAGACAGGGGGGAUAUGAUAGAAACAUUUAAAUAUAUAAAGGGAAUCAACACAGUAAAGGAGGAGACUAUAUUUAAAAGAAGAAAAACUACCACAACAAGAGGACAUAGUCUUAAAUUAGAGGGACAAAGGUUUAAAAAUAAUAUCAGGAAGUAUUACUUUACUGAGAGGGUAGUGGAUGCAUGGAAUAGCCCUCCAGCUGAAGUGGUAGAGGUUAACACAGUAAAGGAGUUUAAGCAUGCGUGGGAUAGGCAUAAGGCUAUCCUAACUAUAAGAUAAGGCUAGGGACUAAUGAAAGUAUUUAGAAAAUUGGGCAGACUAGAUGGGCCGUAUGGUUCUUAUCUGCCGUCACAUUCUAUGUUUCUAUGUUUCUAUCUAGCUAGCUUACCAGGCAGAGAGGCUUUUUAUCUUACUGUCCUACACACUUUCUAAUUAACCUUUGUAAGGACUGUAUAUUACUCCUUAGAUAUUGUGUUUAUUGGUCUCGGAUACUCCCACCAAUAAGGUAUUUACUCUCACCCUGGUAUAGUUAUGUUAAUCUAGAUUGGGGACAGGGCAAAUCCUGGGCUAAAACAAGCAAUCUAAAGCUACCAUUAGUUUAAGCAAUUUACUGGAUGACCCUAUGGUCCCAUUAUGAGUUAGUGGAGAAGCCUUAUAAGGCUAGUCAUUUUCUUACUUUGUUUCUAGUUUUGAGACACGUGUGUGUGUAUAUAUGUACAUUUAGUGGUGGUCCAGCUAAAUAUAACAGGUAUUUAAACAAGAUACUUACAUACUAUCUAGCUUUCACUCACCCACUUUGUUGUGGUUUGAGUGACUUCAUUAUUUUUGUUUCCUUCUAAUCAGGAAAUAAGGCAUAUAUAAUUCUUCUUCUUUCUCUUUAUAUCUUGUCAUUCCUGCCUGCCUGUUUAGUUCUUAUAUUGUUUUGGUUCAAGCUAACUCUAAGGAAACUCUAAAUACAGUGAUCUGAUUAUUCUGUAAUUGAAAGGGUGUAAAAGGUGGGGUUUUCAAUCAGUUUAUUAAGAGUGUGAGUCUCAAUAGACCAGCCCUUUUGCACAUCCUCUUCCUUUAUAAAUCUUAGGAAUCCUAUAGAAUGCCCAUGUUGAGAAAGCACCCGGAGUAGUGCGAAACGCGUCCAGGGCUUCUCUAAUUUUUCUUUAGGGUGGACUUCUUUGGUGGUCUCUCCCCUUGUACAGCUGCUGCAAGUGGUCCUAUGCUGAGGUUUUGGACUUUUUAUACUUUGUUCACUCACAACUUGUUUUUCAUCUUUCACAUGCUUGGACCAAUAUAGCUCUUAAACGAGGACUGCUGUUCUAGUAUCUUGCCAUAUGUAUUUUCUUUUUUUACUUCAAUAAAUGUGCAUUUUUCUAUGAUUUCUUCCUGUUGUAUUUCCCUAUAUGUGCGGUCAACAAACUUGUCCUGUGUGAGAUGGAGAAGAGCUUUAAUAAAACUUGUUUAUUUGCUGCUAUGGAAUAGAAAAUGAAGACUUCAGCAUAAUAUAAGACUUGUGUCUGAUAUAUAAAAAAAAAAUUCUUCAAAAACAGAAAAUAACAACUUUAAAAAAAUGGAUCUUCAUUACAGUGUCACUGGGCACACUCUGUGUGCACGUCAAUAGCUUCAUCGGAGAAGACUGGCGGAUCACAGUGCUUGCCACAGAUACGCUAUGUGUUCUCAAUGCUUCUCUUUGAGAAGUAUGUGAUUGGACACUAUGAUCAAUGUUGAUGAUCUCACAGAGAAGACCCAGGCUUCAGUGAAGAGUCUGUCCCGAAGCUGGAACACAGGUAAGUUCUGUCGUGAUUUUUAAAAAAACAUAGUGUACUGUCUAGAACACAACACACUGUCCCAUGUGAAAUCACAGAGGUGAAAGACACAGAAAUAUUUUGACAGCAAAUAUAUAUGGAAUCACCAUGACAUAAGUGCCCUACCCAGUACCAUUAAAGAGACUGAAAACAGGUUUGUCUCUACUUAACAAUGUGGAAUGCUUUCCUUGAGUGCAGUUUUAUAUUUACCCAGAAUCCAUAAAACAUUGCAGACCUUGACCUGUAACUUCUCAGGCAUUGAACCUGACGUCCAUAAAGAAUUUAAAGUGAAUAAGAAUAGCUUUUGACACGAACAACAUUCAUUUCUCUUUGACAGCUAAGAACAAUCCCAGCACCUAAGAGGUAAGAAAGACAUAUUCUGCCCUAAGAUAGCAUGAUAGGUAGGGGAAUUACAAUUAUUAAUCAAGAAGUUGGAACAAAAUACUUGGAAAUAACCAACAUUUUAAAUUGUGAAGAAAAACUGUAAAACAUUAAUAAGGUAAGUAAAGUAUGCACUAAUCUAAGAAUUUUUCUGUGUGUAGAGAGAAAGCAUGAUAAGGUCAAAUAAAACAAUAUAUCAAUAAUAAAGAUCUAAUAUGGAGUUAGGACAGCAUAUUCUUUCCAAACAGGCUCGUUCGGUCUUCACUCCCGUAGUGAUUUUGCGUUAUUCUUCAAGACAAAAAUUCUCUAUUAAUGUCUGAGCCAAACAGCUCUUCUAUACUGUAUAUUCUUUCUCAACUUUGUUGUCAACACAACACCAGGUGUAGACGUGAUGAUAUGGCAUGUCUUGAAUAAAUGUUAUUAAAAAAGAGAAAGAAAAGUCUCAAGGAUGAAGAAGUUUGGAAUAUUCCUCAAACUCUGCUCUUAAGCACAUCCCAUAAACUUUCAGUGAUAUUUAUAUCUGGUAAUUACGGAGCCAGUGGAGGCAUUUAACUUGUUUAUGGUGUUUAUGAAUAUGUUUAACAGUAAUCAUGGGCUACCAUAUAAAAAGAUAAAUUAGAGACAUAUACAAAUACAGAUUCCAGAGUUUUAUUUUAACCACUGUGGCUCAAAAGUAUUUUUUUCUGCAUCUCUAAUAAAAUUAUGGCAACACUAUUUGAACCAUAACAUGCGCCUGGACAUGUAAAACAUCUCAUUAUGUUAUAUGACUAUACAUCACUGUAUAAUGUUUUAACUGAUGCUGUUUUAAUAUGCUUCACUGGCUUGUAUUAGGACCUUUUAGCAAACACAGAUUUGAAAAAAUAAUAAACAGAUAACUAUAUACAGCAUGUGAUAUAUACAAUGGGAAAAUAUUUGUUGGAAAUCAGUUGCCAAAUAAAAACAAACAAAAUAGAAACCGCUUCUUGUAUAGUUCACAAGAAAUAAAUAAAAUUCAGUAACAGUAAGGCUGUAAUUGUAAGGGUGGGAAACACAUAUUGUGUUAUAACCAAAUUACUAGGAAAUAUGAAGCAAAUUUGUCAUUUAUGGUAGACGUUUUCAGCUAAUUGUUGUCUGUUUAGCAGUGGAACUCUGCGCCCAUAAUUUAUUGGGAUCAGGGUUAUUUAUGUGUAUGUGCUAUUAAUGGUAUUAUCUGCUAUCUGUAUUUAUGCGACUGAAAUAAGUCCAACUGUACAAAGUAUAUUUAUUCAUUAUUAUUAUUAUUAGUUAUAAAGUGCCAACAAAUUACACAGCAGUGUACAAUACAUGGGCUAACAAACAAGUUGUAGCAACAAGACAAGUUGAACGUACAGAGACAGAAGGUGCUCGAACAAGCUUACAUUCAAGGGGGAGUGGGGUAAAGGGAUGCGACAAGUGAGGGUAAGAUGUAUGUUAUAUAUGGGAAAGAAUUUACAAUAGAUACUUGGCUUUUUACGUGACACAGUUGAAGGAGUGGAAGCAAGGUUGAUUAGUGAGAUGUGGAGAAUUAUAGAGAAUUUCUAGAGAAUUUUUUACAUUUUUGUGGAUACAAAUAUAAAUAUAUACAUAUAUAUAUAUAGUCCUCCUUGGGCACAGCUUGACAUUAAAAUGAGCACAGACAGACAUUGUGUUUCAGAUUUCACCCUGCAUUUCUGCAGGUACCUUUUUUAAAAAACAAAAAAGCAAAUACGGGUUGUGAUUUAACAGGAGAUCAGAAACCACCCAUGGAUCGCACAGUUUAGACUUCCUUGAUCUGAUCAGGAUGACGUCGGCAUUGUGGGGGGAGCUUUAUUGUGUUUUGGGUUUUGUCUCACCACAAUUUUUCUGGCACCUAGCUUUGUGUUAUCAAAAAGACUUCAGCUUCCAGACCAGAACUGGCACUAUGCCUCCAAACCAUUCGCAAUUCAGAGGGGCAGUGCCGAUUGUCCCACCAGCCUGACUUAGUUCCCUGGUGUCCUGCUUUUAUGUGUAGUGUGUGAGCGCAUUAUUAGAUGAGUUUAUGCUACGCUAAGGUCACUUGGACCCUCAGUGGGCUGGAAUUCUUGACUGGCAGGCAGAUCAGUGCUUAUGCUUUUGGGCAGGGCAAAUUAUACAAUUGUGUCAAUGGCCUAGCCCCCUAAUCCCCUCCUAUCAGUAUCCCUUUUCUAGGUAUGAGACAGUGUUUAGGGGUAUGCCAUGCUGAAGAGACCUAAAAGGUCGAAACUCUGCAGUGAGGGUUUAAGGGAGAGUGAUAUCUAAAACACAAUGUAUCUCUGUGCUCAUUUGCAUAUCAAGCUUGGAAUUCUGGGGUAACUGUGGAAAAAUUACUGCUUGGGUUUCUUUCCAAAGUCCAACUUGAAAUAUGCAGAUGAUGCAACAAUAAUUUCUCUAAUAGCACUGUGGGGAUUUAUAUUGUUUUUGGUCUCACCACAAACUUUCGGACACAUAUAUAUGUAUAUGUAUGUGUGUGUGUGUGUGUGUGUGUGUAUGUUACAGGCUGCAGUGUCCAAAACAUAAUUUUUAAGCAACAUAUAUGUUAGUUCAUAGAAAAUACCAUUAAGCAUUUUUAACUAGAGAAGAAAGAAUAGUCAUAAACAAAUGACAUCAACCUGUCUGGGUACUUUCCAGAACGUUUAUGGAAAGUACAAUGCUAUAUCUAAUAUUUAUAGACAUGUUAAUGGAGCCAUGAAUGUUGGCAAAGCCACUUUUCCUCCAUUCCGAUACUUUUCAACGCCACUUUUUUUUUUUGCUUGCAUAGCAAAACAUACAAGCUGGUAAAGACCUCCUAACACGAGUAUAUACUAUAGUAAACAACAGAGGUGUAGCAUAAAAAGAUAAUAUUGCACUUAAAAAAACAACAAAUGGGGUGCAAGCAUCCACUUUCACAACUAUACAAUGCCCCUUCUGGCUAAACACUACACUGUCUACAAACAUGCUCUAUCAAUGGAUAUACAAAGCAAAGACACAAGUUAUUCUGCUUUAAUAACCCAGUCGAUUUUUCAAUUUCUGUAUACAAUAUAAAAUCUGCAAAUGAACUGUACAACUGUAAGACAGACCACUGUUCCAAACGUUCUUUGUAUGCACCGAGUACUGAGCAUUUGUUUUUAAAAUGUGCAGGCAUAUCGAAUGCCACGGUCAUGUUAUAUGUGUUUAUACUGUUGCUCCUGCUGAUGCGGCAGGGUACGACUGAUUGUUAUUUGUGCACAACAAAAAUAAAGAAUAAAAAAAAAAAACAACAACAAAAACAUGAUAAAUCUAAGUAGAACAACAUGCUAAGCCUACAAGGUUAGCGACACGGUGCUUCACUAUUGAGACAUUGAACUCUCUCUAGACAUAAAGGCUGAGAUAAAAAAGCUUUGUAAAUCAGGCUAAGCCAACAUGUCUAAGUAAAAACCAAUUACAAAGCUCAGACACAAAGAAGGCCCUCCAGACAUGACAUAGAUAAAUCAGACAUAGAUGGGUAAUGGAGGUUAAACAAGCUAAAUGUUUCAACAAAUUGAUAUAGCUUUUUUUCACAUUAUAAAAUCAAAGGAAAUGAAAAAAAUAGGAAUCCCUGCACUAUACAAACAAGCUGGUGCCUAAAGUCAGGCAGAGACUCCCCUUUCAUUGCCUCAUAGCUUAUCCAAUGCCACGAGUAGGCCGCAUUAUUUAACCCAUCUCCACACUGGGUAAGGAUUCACCUCAUUCUGCUAAACAGUCCUAUAAGCAAGCUGGGUAACAUGCUGUUGAUCCAGGAUGAGACUGCUGUUCCAGAAAUCUUCCCUCCCCUAAACCCAGGCCUUGUAGGGAGUCACUACCGUAUUUUGAAGGGCCCUCCUGAUCAACUCAGUAGGACCAUGAGCCCGAAGGUGCACCAGAACUCGGAGGCCUGUCCGGGCGUUUGGACGGCUGAUUGGAGAUAUCUCCAGAUGGGACAUCAGCCCAGAACAAGGUUAUCAAGCCAGCGCUGCAUCACUGUUUUCCAGCAGGACAGGAAGAAGCAAGGUCUGCGAGAGAUGCGUCUAUAAAACUCCUUGCAGAUCUGAUUAAAUUGAGACUGAAAGGGCUCUCUCCAACUGGAGACAUCUGAACCCUCCUGUGACUGUGGAGGUUGUGGCGCACCAGCAAGCUUAGGUUCACCACAUGUAUUCUGCUUCGGCAGGAAAUUCCAUGGCUCUACAAGGGUGUGUUUCACCAGUGGGGACCGGGAUGAACUCCACCGAUCCUGGGGGGAGGAGGGGGUGGUCAAUGGGGUAGCAGGAGAGUCUCUCUGCAAAGUGAGUCCCACAUCGGGGGAUCGGAUGCUUCCCCAGACGCCAGGCCGCCAGUCAAGAUAGGAUUUAUGAUCGGACAGAUAGCGAUAGGUAGCUUCACGUUAAUCUGCACCAGAUAACUGCAAUCCACCACUCACACAUGGUUACAGGCAGCUCAAUUAUAUAACACCAAAUUUAGGCCUGAAUGUGCAGGAGCUAUGAGUAAGCACGUCCGGCCAUCUUGGCCUCACCUCUGUCAACACCACUUUUAAUUUUAUACAUGACGAAUGGGUCCUAUACCUUCCAUUAAACCUUCAGGUUUCGGCCAGCAGAUUUCUGGUGACUUGAGCAGUGAGACUGCAGGGGCAUGGUCAAUACAUCAAAACUGUUUCAUUAAGCUAAAAUUGUUUUGUUGCCUAUAGUGUCUAUUUAACUUUAAAAACUAAGGUAUUGUUAUUUUUCUUGAUGUUGUUACCUGUCUUAGAAUUGCUUUGCAAGUUACCUAUUGUGUAGACCUUAUCUGACAUUGUGACAUGUGAUUGCAGUGAUAUAUGUAAAAUUUCAAUAAAAGCACAGAUUGGAAUUGUUUUAAAAAUCCUCAAUUAUUGGCACGUACAUGACUAACACAUUUUCUGUUAAGCACUUUUCCAGAAAAAAACAUGUAGAACAUACAUAAUUUUUUCAUGUUUUUACAGACUACCUUCAGACCUUUCAGAAUGAAGCAUUGCCUAUUCCCCUUAAUCUUGCUCCUUUUUGUGUCAUAUCAAGUUUCAGGUAACUAAAAAACCAGAUUUUAUGAAUUUUCAAUGUCAGUAACGUGCAUUGUGCAUUGGUUGCCAGCCCAGUCCUUGUGGCACAUCUGCGGUCCAAGUUUUGUCUGCAUGUUGUAGAAACAGAAUCAGAAAACGUCUAAACCCUAGACUGUUGGAGUGCCUUGAUGAUUGAUACAGUGAAUGAUAUAUACUAAGUUACAUCGACAGUUCUAGUGCAAUCUAUUAAAAUUGUUACAACUUGGUUAGCAGGGAGAGAAUCAUAUUUAAACUACUUUAAUAGACCAAACAACUAGUGGAAAUAGUGGGUCACCUUUAAGUUUGUUCCUCAUCUGUCAGUUUCAAUUAAAUCCAUUACUUUCACUUAAAGGAUCACUAUAGGGUCAGGACCACAAACAUGUAUUCCUGACCCUAUAGUGUUAAACCUACCAUUUAGGUGGCUUACCCCCCUCAGUCCCCUUGAAAAAAAGAAAAACGUACCUUAUUUCCAGCGCCGCACGAGUCUGCCAGCGCUGGCCCAGCCCCUCAAUCAGCCUCCUUGAUAACAUCAUCAGAAUUGCCAAUUUUUAGCCAAUCCAAUGCUUUCCCGUAGGAAAGGAGGCAGGAUGAGCGUCCCCAUGCAGAGCGUGGAGACGCGGAACUGCAGUGCUGCCUAGGAAGCAUCUCCACUGGCCAUCUAAAGAGUGGCCACUUGGAGGUGUCCAUUUCUAUGAAAAGGCAGUGUGUGCAUGAAAAUGCCUGAAGGCAAUGAUUAUACUCACCAGAACAACUACUGUAGUUGUUGUGGUGACUAUAGUGUCCCUUUAAAUAUCACUCCAGCAAACUAGUUCUAGUACUUGGUUUUUUUAUAUUGACUCAGCUUUUACCUUAUCCUCAGUAAUCCUGAUCUUUCUUUAUUGUACCCUCUCUGGAGCUCGUGUAGGCCUUAACUAUGAUUGUCAAUCUUUCUGAAGUAAUUUGUGUUAGGCCCAGCCAGAUAUUCCUGCAAGAUUAUAUAAAUCCAAAUUAAUGACUGGUAAACUGUACUGAGCACUUGUUUUUAAACUUUCUUUUUACAGCGCUUGGUGUGUCCAUUAAUGGCCACACAAACAGUUUUCUGCUCACCGCGAACACAAGUAACAGCAUUACCUUAACAUGUGAGGUGGUCAACAAUACUGGCAAUGAGACCCUUCUUUGGUAUCGUGGAAAAAGUCAGGUGGACAUUAAAACCGAAAACAGUGUAAACUCCAGCUCUAUCUGUAUCUUCCCUGUAACUCCUCAAGAUAAUGAAGUGAGCUUCUCAUGUGUGUUAAAAAGUAACACCUCCAUCAGUGUGUCUGCAAUGUUAGACAUCAAAUGUGAGUAACUCGUACCCUGAUGGCAUAGUAACACUAUUAUAAUAGAAUACUAUCAUAUUAUUAUACACAGAUUGUUUUUUUUUUUUUGUUUUGGUUUUUUAUUUGCAGAAAAUAUCUAUAACAUUUACAUUUUACCUUCAGAGUAAGUUUACUUUAGGGCCGCCAUACCAUAAGUCAAUCAGCCUUGGAUAUUGUGGAUUUUUCCCCAAAACAGAAAUCAAAUUACGAUUACUAUUACCUUUUUAGCGCCAAAAUAUUUGCAAAGCUGCAUUAUAGGUAAAACAAGACAAAUAAUAAUGAUUUGACCACUAGAACCAAAAACAGGUCUGAUAGAUUCCAGUUACUUUUGAAAUGUAUGUGUUUUUUGACCAUUAAGGCCAUCAGAGAUAUUUACUAAAGUGAAAAUUCAAGGUGAAUUCAAAGUGAAUUUAAAAUAAAGCUGAAUAUUUCUCUAGCCCAGCUAUGCUUGCACUUUGGCUACUUUGCCCUUAUAUUUUAAAUUCACGUUGAAUUCACUUACUGGUCUUAAAGAGACAUCCCAGCAGAUUUAAAUAAAAAAUAGCAUUUUUAUAAACUAACUUUCUACACCCCUUGACUUCCAGGCAGACAAUAGGUCCUGUUACCUCCUGGUUUGUUUAUUUCAGUGAAGCCAAACUCAAGAGGCAGCAUUUGCCCACAGCACCUGUCUUACAAAGACUUCUUAUUGAGAUUGAGCUGCAUCGAGAAGUCUGUGAUUGGACAGCAUCAGAAAAUCUGAGUGUGGUUAGAAGGGGAAGGCUCGCAAAGGCUGCAGGCAAGAGUUAUAACCCCAACGAAGAAAGAAAAACACAAUUAAAUGCAAGAUGGUUUUAAUUUGGGAGAUAUCUACAAAAUUGUGAUUUCUUACAAAUUUCUUUCUAUUUGGGCAAUGGAGUGUCCCUUUUAUGGUCAGAAACACAUAUGUUUUAGAAGUAACUAUGGGAAGUUUAAAGAGGAAGAGAAGAGUAUCGCUUUAGAAAAAAAAUGGAAGAGAGAACAUGACACAAGGGUAAAACUCGUUUUGUGCUUGCUCCUAGUAACCCAGUUGCUUCUUGAUAUCAGAAUCCAGCAAAAAAGCAAAGGAGAGGAGACAAUGUUAAAAAGAUGAGUUUGUGCAUAAAAUGGAAAGGAAUAUUGGGUACUCCAUGCUGCCAUUAAAUACCUGACCCUGACCCCGGACAUUCUGUCUUUGGAUCAUGUUGUGUUUGGUGAAUAUGGUGAAACAUGGAGAAGGUUUUACUGAUGUUAAACCUUCCUCUCUUUGACUGUAUGCCACUUCUUCAUCUAAUAUAGGACUUAGUUUAAUAAGUUUACAAAUGAUUCUACAAUAUUAGAAAAAUGUUCCAAAUGAUUUACAAUUAAUACAUUAAUUAAUUAAAACAGGAGCUUUAAACAGUGUUAGUGGAAAUAAACUGAAAAACUUAGUGGUAAGAAAACGGAAAGACUAUAUCUGUUAUGACAAAUUUACUUUAAUGACUAAUAAUUACCAGUUGCCAAAAGUUUUACCAUCCCCAACAGAGAUUAAUAAAGUUGAUAAAUGUUUACCACCAAGUCGGAUGCAUUUGUUAACUCAUUCAGUUUCUAACAGGGAAACUGGGCUGCCUCUAGUGACAGAUCUCUAGGUCCUCCAGACUGCAUCCAACUUCUGAAAUUGAGUCAUUUGUUUAUGAAUGGAGAGCUACUGAUUGACUUAGAGCAUCAGGUGACCACUCUAACCAAUAAGCCUCCCCUUCCCCACUCCGCCCCUGCCCGAUGGCACUCCAUGCUUCCUGAAACUCAGUUUCAGAAACCGAAUGCCACCUGGGGGAUCUGGAGACCCGGCACUGGAGGCAGCCCUUGAGGUUAAACUGUUUGAGAAUGGUUUCACCCCUUAAGGUAAGAAAGUGCCUGGGGGCAUUCUGGCACUGUAACAACUUUAUUUCGAUGACGUUGUUAUGGUGACCGGAGUGUUCCUAUAAGAGCUUUCAGUCACUACCUUGUCUUUUCCACUUUCCCUUUUUGAAACUGAAUGAGUUAGCGAGUGCAUCCGACUUGGUGGUAAUUUUUACCAUUUUGUGUGGAAAUCAAAUCUUCUUUAGAUGAUUGAAUUCAAUGUUUCUCUAUGAGGAGUGUUUGAAUGGAGUAGCGUGGCACUUGCUGCACAUUCUCUUCUCAUCCACAAUGCUUCUCUAUGAGAAACAUUGGAUGAGAAGUCGAAGAGGAGUCAGCAGGUAAAAUGAUGAAAUGGGACGAAGCCAGCUGCAAGGCCUCUGACUCAGCUCUGGAAGGCUUAUUGAGAAUGUUUUGUUUAUUUAUUUUUUAACAUAAAAGGCCAGUCUGGGGGUCACUGGAAAGGCAGCAAAUCCAGAAAAGUCCAUCACAAGGCACGCUGUACCAGACAUACUUUUUGCCUCCUGAAGUUGUCCUGGAGUUGCAACCUCUCGUAUUAGCUUGGGAGACUCAGAUGCCAAAAUAAGAGCAGAGCUAACUCUGUCCGGCUGUCCUUGUCCCAUUCUGCUGCUUCCAGUCACAUCUCACAUCUUCUCCUGCUUUUAGUAAAUAACCUAGUAAAUGCCUUGUGCUGUGGAAAAAACUUAGAUGGACACUAGGUGCACUGGAGAUGCAGAACAUUUUAGGAACAUUUGAAUAAAUAGGCAAGACACUUGAUAGAUAGGAACAGAGAUAGUUGGGUGGUGAUAGUCUUCUCCCGGUCUCCCCAAUAUACACGAUUGGCAUCUGCCCCAUAGCACAUUUAAUGAGGUGUUCACUCUUUGGUCUUUAUAAGCCACUGCACACCCUUUGGGCAUACUACAAGAAUGACAUAUUUAAAAGAAAAUAGGACAUUGAUCUGAUAGUGUGUGCUUAUGUUGCUAUGGAGAAACUAUUCUAGUUAAAAUGUGACAUAUUUUUGCAUAAAAAUAAUAAUUUUUCUGUUUUAUGGGCCAAAAUAAAACAAACCGUUUUCUCAAGGACAUUGUUAAAGGAACACUAUAGUCACCUAAAUUACUUUAGCUAAAUAAAGCAGUUUUAGUGUACAGAUCAUUCCACUGCAAUUUCACUUCUCAAUUCCCUGUCAUUUAGGAGUUAAAUUACUUUGUUUCUGUUUAUGCAGCCCUAGCCACACCUCCCCUGGCUAUGAUUGACAGAGCCUGCAUGAAAAAAAAAAAAAACUGGUUUCACUUUCAAACAGAUGUAAUUUACCUUAAAUAAUUGUAUCUCAAUCUCUAAAUUGAACUUUAACCCCUUAAGGACUGGACUGUUUUUGCGAUGUUGUACAUUUGCGACCAGGCCUCUUUUUACACUUUUGUGGUGUUUGUGUUUAGCUGUAAUUUUCCACUCUCUCAUUUACUGUUCCCAUACAAAUUAUAUAUUGUUUUUUUCAGGACAAGAAAGGCUUUCUUUACAUACCACUAUUUAUAUAAUCUCAUGUAAUUUAAUUUAAAAAUAAAAUAAAAAAAUAUGAUGAAAAAUUGAAAAAAAUACGUUUUUUGACUUUUACUUGAAAAAAUAUUUUACUCAUCUACAAAAGCGAAUGAAAAAAACUGCUAAAUAGAUUUAAAAUUUUGUCCUGAGUUUUAAAAUACCCAGUGUUUAUGUGCUUUUUUUUUUUUUUUUGCAAGUUAUAGGGCUAUAGGUACAAGUAGGAUAUUGCGGUUUCAAAAUAUAAUUUCUUUUACAUUUAUCAAUAGUGACAUUGUAACAUUAUUAUCUGUCAUAAAUCUCUGAAUAACACCCCACAUGUACAUAUUUUUUUUAAAGUAGACAACCCAGGGUAUUCAAUAUGGGUUAUGUCCAGUCUUUUUUAGUAGCCACCUAGUCGCAAACACUUGCCAAAGUUAGCGUUCAUAUUUGUUUGUGUGUGAAAAAAGUAAAAAACUAAAUUGAACGCUAACUUUGGCCAGUGUUUGUGACUAAGUGGCUACUAAAAAAGAUUGGACAUACCCCAUUUGUAAUACCUUGGGUUGUCUUCUUUUGCAAAUGGUAUGCCAUCAUGGGGGGAAUUCUUAUUCCUGGGCUACCAUACGCUCUCAAAGGCAACGUAACCAACCUGGCGAUUUUCAAUGUAAAAAUAUUUGAUCCAUAUAUUUGACCCUGUAACUUUCACAAAUGUUAUAAAACCUGUACAUGGGGGGUACUGUUAUACUCAGGAGACUUUGCUGAACACAAAUAUUAGUGUUUCAAAACAGGAAAACGAAUCACAACAAUUAUAUCAUCAGUAAAAGUGCUGUUUGUGUGUGAAAAAUGCAAAAAAAGUCACUUUCACUGACAAUAUCAUAGCUGUGAUAUGUUUUACUGUUUUGAAUCACUAAUAUCUGUGUUCAGCAAAGUCUCCCGAGUAAAACGGUACCCCUCAUGUACAGGUUUUAGGGUGUCGUUGAACAUUACAGGGUAAAAUACAGUGCUAGCAAAUUAAAUUCUCUGGACUUUCGGCGUGGGUUGGCAGGCAGAUCCCUCAAAUUGCAAUUAAUAAAAUUACUUAAUUAUGUAAAAAUAUUACAUAAAUACGCACGUAGAAUUUAAAUAUAUUUGAAGUCUACGUGUAUAUUUAUAUAAUUAUUUAUGUAAUUUUGUAUAUGGACAUAUGUAUAUUUUGUAUUAUUUGUAUUUAUUUAUAUAUACAUAGAUAUAUAUACAAUUUCAUUGUAAGUGUAUUUUGAUAUAAAUAUAUAUAUUUUAAUAUCAAAAUACAGUUAGAAUAAAAUUUCAUAUAGAUAUAUUUGUUUUUAAAUUUUUAUUAUUAUUUUAACAUUUUUUUAUUUUAUUUAAUUUACUUAUUAUUUGUAUUUUAUUAUAUAUGCAAUAUAUAUAUAGUUAUUAUAUAUAUUAUAUAUAUACAUGUGUACUUUAAUUAUAAGUGUAUUUUUAUAUUAAUAUAAGUACAUAUUAAUAUAAAAAUACACUUAGUAUGACAUUAUAUAUAUGAUAUAUAGGCAUUUAUUAUAUAGAUAUAAUAUAUGCUUAUAUAUCAUAUAUAUAUAUAAUCUGCAUGGGGAGACUGUUUGGGCUGCAGGCAGUCUCCCCACACAACGCCGAUCGCCGCCGGGGGAACGACGGCGAUCGGGUAAGUACACCUGACCGUUAGGACGGUUCAGGACCGUCACCGGUCGGCAACGCAAAAAUGCCGAUGACGGUCCUGAACUGUCCUAGGUCGUUAAGGGGUUAAUCACAUACAGGAGGCUCUUGCAGGGUCUAGCAAGCUAUUAACAUAGCAGGGGCUAAGAAAAUCUUAAUUAAACAGAACUUGCAAUAAAGAAAGCCUAAAAAGGGCUCUCUUUACAGGAAGUGUUUAUGGAAGGCUGUGCAAGUCACAUGCAAGGAGGUGUGACUAGGGUUCAUAAACAAAGGGAUUUAACUCCUAAAUGGCAGUGAAUUGAGCAGUGAGGCUGCAGGGGCAUGUUCUAUACACCAAAACGGCUUCAUUAAGCUAAAGUUGUUCAGGUGACUAUAGUGUCCCUUUAAAUAGAUGUAUGCGUUAUAUUGUACAUUUUGUUUCCAUUCCUUAUAUAGCGAGUUUGAAGCUUUUGGUUAUCUGACUCUUUUCACACCAGCAUAAGUGAAGGAUGAUUGGGACUCAAGAAGUAUUGAUUUGGUUGCAAAUAAAUCUCAUCCAUCUGUCAUUUUGAUCCAUGUUGUUACAGUUGACCCCAUCCUGACUGGAGAGGACAAUGUGAUUGUGGAAAUUGAGAAGACUGCACAACUGACUUGCGAUUUUAAGGCCAACCCACAAGCUGCGAUGUCUUGGAGAAGAAAUGAUAACCUUGUCAACAUGGUGUCCCGCUACCAGCAGUACCUGACCAGUGACUCUUUCCAGCUCACCAUCAACAAGGCAGAGAAAAAAGAUGCCGGCUUAUAUACGUGUAUGGCUUUUAUAAACGGCAUGAACUUUACUAGAAGCUUCAACCUUGACGUAGCAGGUGAGAUAGAUACAGACAUUUUUUGGUAGUUCUGCUAGUGUGAGCUAUAAUCACAUGGUUUGAAAGGGUGAUAUAAGUGCAUGUUUAAGGAACCACUCACAGCACUGCUUAUGUUAGUAGGAGUUGAGGCAAAAGAUGUGGGACAUAAUCAUUUGUGUGUUUCUCCCCUUCUGUACCCAUUUGGCACUCCACAUUUACAGUCAGAGGGUGCCAAGAGAGGCUUCCAGGUCCCUUGAAACAUUAGUGUGUCAUAGUCUGCCAACCUGUGUUUGGCAGUCCAGCUACUGACAAUGACAAUCCAUUGAAUUACUGUCGAUUAUGGACUCCUAAACCACAACAGCCAGACUAUCAGACACUGCUUAUCUUUGGAUCAUAAUCCAAAUACGGACACUGUAAAAUGGUCCUCAGGCAAUCCAAGUAUGGAUGUCAAGCUUGUAGUUCAUACAUUGUAAGGCCAGUACCAUGCAAGCAUUAUAGAAAUUCAAACUACUUAUUAAUAAACUAGUGUUUAUCUUUAAUCUCACAAGCUGCUUGCCUUAAACACACAGAGGAGCUAGAAAUCAUUUCUUUAUCCAUCUCUGCUACAAAAUGUACAAUUCUAUUUUUCUUACACCCAGUAGUUGGUAUUUAGUGUCAAUCAACUCUGCACUAAGCAUGCAUUCAAUGGCUUUCCAUGUUGAUGUAAGUUAUACAUACAAACCCAGCAGUUGAGAGCAAAUCAUGGCCAUGUUUACAUCUCAAGGCCGUAUGAUUUUAAAAACUGUUGUAUAGACAAACACACCUAUAGAGUUUGUGUAUCUGUGUAUGUAGUGUGUGCACGUGUCUAGCAUAGAAUAGGUUACUUCUAUACUUCUAUGUGCAUGCCUUUGUUUGUAUGUAUGUGUGUACAGCUGUAAGUGAACAAUUUAACACUGUGCGUAGCAGCAUGGGUAUCGGUGUGUGUUUGUGUGUGGGUAGAUGUCAUUUAUUAGUUGAUCUUUUUGACCCCAGUCCUCUCUCUCCUGGAGAGUGUUGUGUUCGGCAGCCUCUGUCUCAGUCACCAAACACUGGCAGGACUACACCAGGCUCUGGAGCAAAUGCAAACAGAGGUCAUAAAAUGAACACAUAAUUGGCAUGGUCCAUGUAACGUCUUAGCCUAAUAAAAAUAUGAAAGGCUGAGGUGACAAAAAAUAAAAAGGUAAUAAAAAAAUUUACGUUCCUUAUGAAAUUUACUUUUACCCAGAGGUUAAGGCCUUGGAGAGUAGUAGGAACAAAAUAAAGGGGGGGAGGGGGGGGAUACUCUGCAACAUCAGUCACCUGAUAUAUCCGUAUCCGUAACAUCUUUAUUCAGACAUCACACACAGACGGACCUUGCAAUGGUUUGACAGUAAUGGAUGGAUUGGUAAUCCACUUGUAACAAUAGUGGUUUAAGAGGUCAUUGGAUGCAUACAGACUGGUCCUGUGAAGUUCUUGUCUUUGUAUUCUUGUUCACCUGAGUCUAGAGCAAAGUUUUGCAAACGUUUCAUGUUGGUGACACACUUUUCAGAUAUGCAUUAUUUUGCGACACGGUGGCGGUCGAGACGUUGUACUAUUUAGUCAACACGUCACUUCAGUUGCGGCUGCGUCACCAGAAGGGGCAUUGAAUCAGCGGUUUCGACCCAAUUCUGUGUGCUAUGCAUGCUCAGUAUACUUGUAUGACCCCUCGACUGUCUCUCUAUAAAACUCUGUCCCUUAUUCACAAUAUAGUAAUAUGCAGGUCUCUGAUACGCAGCCCAAGUUGGCACUUCUCAUCUUAUUUACUGUUCCUGGUUGGCUGCUGUGGCUGGUUGGCAGGCCUCUCUUUUUCACCAGCCACUUUUUGGAUAUCUUUUUUUCCCUCAACCGUUUUGUAUGUCUCUUAUUCCCCUUCCCAUCUGUGUGUCUCCUAGCCCCAGCCCUUCUGUGUGGUCCUCCCAGUCCAUCUGUGUGUCUCUUUGUCAUCCCCAUAGCCCCUCUAUCUGUUUCUUUGUCCCACCUCAGCCCCUCUUUGCCUCCCUUCAGCCCCUCUUUGUGUUUUUUUCCCCAGACUCUGUGUCUCUCUUUGUGCCCCCUCCUCCCCUGUGCCCUUCGUCUGUCCCCCUUCCAAUCUGUACCUUUAUUCUGCACCCACUCCCCUCCUGUGUUCUUAUUCUGUCCCCCUCCCCUCCUUUGACCAUCUUCUGUCCUCCUCCCCCUCCAAUGCCCUACUUUUGUCCCCUUUCCUUCCUGUGCCCUUCUUCUGUUCACCUCCCCUCCUCUGCCUAUCUUCUGUCACUCCUUUCUUCCUGUGCCCUUCUUCUGUCCACCUCCUCCUUCCCCUUGAUGGAGGAAUGAUAUGUGAGGAACCAGAACAAGGUAAGGGGACUGGAAGAAGAAUUAACAUAAAUGAGACAGGACUGAAAAAGAUGAAACCUAUCAGACUGUGAUAUAUGUAGACUUUCAUGGACUGAAAUAAUAGUUACUGAGCUGAACGCAGACUCUGUAUUACAAGACUGAAACAUUUCCAAACCUUGACUUAGUAGAUCCAAGAAUAGGACUCGGACCAGAGGUAAAUCCUAAAGUGGUGCCAUUGUGACUUUUCUUUAUGGAGGGGAAUAAAUAUUUUUUUCCAUUGUUUUGUAUAGAUAAGAAGGAUGUACUUCCAAUAGAAGCAAUCGGUGCAGCAGUAGUGGUGGGAGCACUCAUUAUACUGUUUGCAAUGUUUGCUCGGAGAGAAAAGAUAUUUAAAAAGGUAAGUAAUGCUAAAAUUAAUACAUGGGUUGACGUGUCUCACAUUAGGAAUACAGAGACCAAUAUACUAUAAAAACAAAUAUUCUAUUAUGAAGUUAGUAGAUCUCUCCAAGUGUAGUGAUUACUGGAUCUCUCUGAGUGGUAUAUGCAAGGUUUGUGACUUGCUUCUUGCAACCCAUAUUGCUGUUAUUGCUUAAAGGGACACUAUACUGUGAGGGAAAACAGUAUUUGAUCCCCUACUGAUUUUGAACAUUUAUAAAUCAUUUAUAACUUUUUUGACAUGCGUUUUUCUGGAAUUUUAAAAUGUUUUGUUAUUCUGUCUCUCACUGUUAAAAUACACCUACAAUUAUAGAUUGAUACUUUCUUUGUCAGUGGACAACGUUCAAAAUCAGCAGGGGAUCAAAUACUUUUUUUUCCUCACAGUAUGCACUCUAUGCACACUUUGUCUCAUUAAAGUGAUCUGGGUGCUGUGUCCCUCUUAGUCCUCCAAAAUAAAACAUUGCAGAUUUAUAGAAACUGCAAUUUUUACAAUUCAGUACUAAGACUGCUUCUAGUGGCUGUAAUGUGAAAUGACAUUGGACAUCUUCACGCUCUGCAUGAGAACAUCCAGUGUCAAGGAGAAAACCCCAUCGGAAAACAUUGAGGCAAUGCUUUCCUAUGUGGAAGACCUAAUGGGCUUUAAUGUGUGGUUAGACAUGACCUAUGUUUCAUAAAUAUAUGCUGAUAUUUGCUUAUAAUGUUCUUCCCAAUGUAUUCCUGGAUAUUAUAUUAUCUCUUAAUAACCCUUCAAAGACUUUCCCUUCCACAGAAGUUAAACUCACAUGUCUAUAAUUUCCAUGCAAGGAUUUGGAAUAUAUGAACCACAUCUACCUUCCUCCAAUCCUCUGGUACAAUUCCUGAAAGAAAAUAAUUCUGAAAGAUUAAAAACACAGGUUCACGAAUUGCCCAACUUAGCCCCUUAAAGGGACACUAUGGACACAAGAAAAACUCUAGUUUUUCUUGUGUCCAUAGUGUCCCUUUAAGGGGCUAAGUUGGGCAAUUAGUUUAACCAUGUUAAAGGAUAGGAUUGAUGAACAUCUAAAAACACAUGGAUUUCAAGAUCAGAGACAACAUGGGUUUACUUCAGGGAGAUCAUGCCAAACUAAUCUUAUUGAUUUUUUUGAUUGGGUAACUAAAAUUAUAGAUCAGGGUGGUGCAGUAGACAUUGCUUACCUAGAUUUCAGUAAGGCUUUUGACACUGUUGCACAUAGAAGGCUUAUCAAUAAACUGCAAUCUUUAAGUUUGGAUUCCAAUAUUGUUGAAUGGGUAAGGCAGUGGCUGAGUGACAGGCAACAGAGGGUUGUAGUUAAUGGAAUAUAUUCGAAGCUUGGACUUGUCACCAGUGGGGUACCUCAGGGAUCUGUACUUGGACCCAUUCUCUUUAAUAUUUUUAUUAGUGAUAUUGCAGAAGGUCUUGAUGGUAAGGUAUUUCUUUUUGCUGAUGAUACUAAGAUAUGUAACAGGGUUGAUGUUCCAGGAGGGAUAAGCCAAAUGACAAAUGAUUUAGGUAAACUAGAAAAAUGGUCAGAAUUGUGGCAACUGACAUUUAAUGUGGAUAAGUGCAAGAUAAUGCAUCUUGGACGUAAAAACCCAAGGGCAGAGUACAGAAUAUUUGAUAGAGUUCUAACCUCAAGAUAUGAGGAAAGGGAUUUAGGGGUGAUUAUUUCUGAUGACUUAAAGGUAGGCUGACAAUGUAAUAGAGCAGCAGGAAAUGCUAGCAGAAUGCUUGGUUGUAUAGGGAGAGGUAUUAGCAGUAGAAAGAGGGAAGUGCUCAUGCCAUUGUACAGAACACUGGUGAGACCUCACUUGGAGUAUUGUACACAGUACUGGAGACCGUAUCUUCAGAAGGAUAUUGAUACCUUAGAGAGGGUUCAGAGAAGGGCUACUAAACUGGUUCAUGGAUUGCGGGAUAAAACUUACCAGGAAAGGUUAAAGGAUCUUAACAUGUAUAGCUUGGAGGAAAGACGAGACAGGGGGGAUAUGAUAGAAACAUUUAAAUAUAUAAAGGGAAUCAACACAGUAAAGGAGGAGACUAUAUUUAAAAGAAGAAAAACUACCACAACAAGAGGACAUAGUCUUAAAUUAGAGGGACAAAGGUUUAAAAAUAAUAUCAGGAAGUAUUACUUUACUGAGAGGGUAGUGGAUGCAUGGAAUAGCCUUCCAGCUGAAGUGGUAGAGGUUAACACAGUAAAGGAGUUUAAGCAUGUGUGGGAUAGGCAUAAGGCUAUCCUAACUAUAAGAUAAGGCUGGGACUAAUGAAAGUAUUUAGAAAAUUGGGCAGACUAGAUGGGCCGAAUGGUUCUUAUCUGCCGUCACAUUCUAUGUUUCUAUAGCUUACUGAAUUUGUUCUGGUGAGUAUAAUCAUUCCCAGCAAAAAGCCUGAAGGUAAUGAUUCUACUUACCAGAACAAAUUCAAUAAGAUGUAAUUGUUCUGGUGACUAUAGUGUUCCCUUAAUCAUGCCCCUGGAGUCUUACACAUCAAUUCUCUGCUAUUUAACCCCUUAAGGACCGAGGACUGUUCAGGACCGUCAUCGGCAUUUUUGCCUUGCCGACCGGUGAUGGUCCUGAACCGUCCUAACGGUAAGAUGUACUUACCCGAUCGCCAUCGUUCCCCCGGCGGCGAUCGGUGGUGCUCCCAGUGUGGGGAGACUGCCAGCAGACCAGACAGUCUCCCCAUGGUGGAUUAGGACCCCUGGGGCCAUGUGAUCGCUCAACAGAGUGAUCACAUGGUCACAAUAGAUGUUCAUGUAUCUGCCUGCAGGGGGACUGCCUAUGCUGACAGGCAGUCUCCCUGCUAGUGUAAAAUAAAAAAUAAAAAUAAAGGUUAAUGGUAAUUAAAAAAAAUUAUAAUUAUAUAUUUGUAUAUAUAUAUAUAUGAUAUUUAGACAUAUAUUAUAUCUAUAUAUAAUGUCAUACGAAGUGUAUUUUUAUAUUAAUCUGUACAUAUAUUAAUAUAAAAAUACACUUAUAAUUAAAUUACACACGUAUAUAUAUAAUAUAUAUAAUAACUAUAUAUAUUGUUUAUAAAUAUUAUUAUAAAAUACAAAUACUAAGUAAUUUAAAUAAAAAAAAUGUAAAAAUAAUAAUAAAUAAAAAAAAUGAUAUAUCUAUAUGAAAUUUUAUUCUCAAAAUACACUUAGAAUGAAAUUGUAUAUAUAUCUAUGUAUAAAUAAAUAAAUAAAAUACAAAAUAUCCAUAUGUCAUAUACAAAAUUACAUAAAUAUAUAAAUAUACACGUAGACUUCAAAUAUAUAAAAAUGCAUUUAUAUUUAAAUUCUACGUGCGUAUUUAUGUAAUAUUUUUACAUAAUUAAGUAAUUUUAUUGAUUGCAAUUUGAGGGACCUGCCAACCCAACCCAGGCCGAAAGUCCAGAGAAUUUAAUUUGCUAGCACUGUAUUUUACCCUGUAACGUUCUAUGACACCCUAAAACCCGUACAUGAGGGGUACUGUUUUACUCGGGAGACUUCGCUGAACACAAAUAUUAGGGAUUCAAAACAGUAAAACAUAUCACAGCGAUGAUAUUGUCAGUGAAAGUGACUUUUGUUUGCAUUUUUCACACACAAACAGCCCUUUUACUGAUAAUAUAAUUGUUGUGAUACGUUUUCCUGUUUUGAAACACUAAUAUUUGUGUUCAGCAAAGUCUCCUGAGUAUAACAGUACCCCCAUGUACAGGUUUUAUAACGUUUUUGAAAGUUACAGGGUCAAAUAUAUGACUCAAAUAUUUUUACAUUGAAAAUGGCCAGGUUGGUUACGUUGCCUUUGAGAGCAAAUGGUAGCCCAGGAAUGAGAAUUCCCCCCAUGAUGGCAUACCAUUUGCAAAAGAAGACAACCCAAGGUAUUGCAAAUGGGGUAUGUCCAGUCUUUUUUAGUAACCACUUAGUCACAAACACUGGCCAAAGUUAGCGUUCAAUUUAGUUUUCAGCAACUUUUUAGCAACUGGACAGCAAUAGCUUAUGACAAUGAGAAGCCACUGGUACAUAGGUGCAUGAGGUAGGAUUUAAUCUCUCUUGCUUACUAAUACUAAGUCAUUUUUUACUUCGCAUUAGGAAAGUUGGCUGAAAGAACGAAAUUAUCAUAAAAAAAAGUGCAUUUUGUAACUUUGGUCUUUCAACUUCUUAGUAGAUAGCUUCCUAAUCCUUGUGGGAUUGCCAUAAAUACAAGUGGUCCUCACUUUAUGACCUACAUGUUUUACGAUGGCUCGCACUUACGAUCAGCUCUCUAGCAUGGGGAUUCAAGGAAUUCCCCAUGUUAAAGAGCUGGUCUAUGUUCUGGGAAUUUUCCCGGAACAUAGAUUAGAGGGAUUCCCUGCUCUGGUGCGCAUGUCUACGUUCGGGGAAAUUUCACCAAACAUAGAUUUGAGGGAUACCCUGCUCUGCUGCGCUUGUUUGUGUUCAGGGAAAUUUCCCCGAACAUAGACCUGCACUGGUGCGCAUGCUUUGUAGCGCAUCCUCACUUACCAACUAAUUAGUUUUACGACCGAGUCGUAAGAACGGAACCUGGUCGGUAAGUGAGGAGUAGCUGUAUAGAAGGAGCUAUCUAUUCAACAGCUUCCUAAUUUGGUACAGUGAAAUAUGGCAAUCUCACAAGGGUGCCAGUGUAGGUAGUUAUCUGCUACAUGACUGCAAGAUCCAGCCACGGCACAGAUCUGAGUUUCAUUUGUCCAAAUUAAAUUCUGAAACGAAAAUGAUGGCUGAAUUGAAUCUGAAAACGAAUGAGCAAACAGACUAAAUUCGGUUCGGCCAAAGCAAAAAAAUGUUUUCCUGCCAAAACAAAAAUUUAGACGGCGCCCAAGCUUAUUAUGCAACAAAGGAAGCUAAAAAAAAUUAUAUAUAUAUAUGUAUAUAUAUAUAUUCAGGAGAUGUGUAACUAGGCCUACUUUAACAAAGUGAUUUAACUCCUAAUCGGCAAUCUGUUGAUAACAUUAGUUGAAGAUGAGAAAGAAACUUUAAUAUUAUGUAUGACAGCACUGGAACUAGAAUUUACAUGUAAAGAUCAGAUUUUCUACACAUUCCUUGCCAGAUUAAAACUUGUUUUCUUGUUUCAGUGCCUGAAACCACAUGAUAACACAUCUCUGUAAGUAUUUCCUUCACUGAGCAUUUACAACACAACGCUCAACAAUGUUUUAAAGGAAUGUUAUCUAGGGACCCAGUUGUUUCGAUAUGGCGUUUUGUUCUGUCUAUUUUGAUCAGCUGCGCCCUGGCGUCAUUUAACCACUUUCUACGUUCUUUGAUUCCUGAUUCCAAGAGUGGUGUGAUUUCAAACAGUCCAUUUAAAUCAUUCUAGAACCAGGUGAUCCAUGUACAAUGAUUUACAACUCUGCCUUAGGGAAAGUUAGGAGCUGUAUGUGGGACAAUUAGCUAUUAAAAAUAUUCAUUGCUGCAAAUAUUUUUAAUUGUCUUAAAGUGCACCCGUCAUGCAAGCUUGACGUGGUGGCAGAUUAUUACCAUCUAAUCUAUACGUUGUUCAAUCCAAUCAAACAUCCUUCUGCACGGACUGGAUCAAGUUUGAUGGAGAACCAUUAUUGUGGGUAUUAGCUAUAAGACUGGGCUAUGGUCCUAGAUACAAUACGAGAACAAAAGAAACACGACAUAUAAAAAGAUGAAGAAAUAUGGGUUCAGCGCAAGGGAUCACACACUGCCAGCGUGAAGUUGAGGGUUUUUUUUCUUAUUUUUAGUCUUCUUUGCCAUUUGUGGUAAAUGGAUUGCAGCAACCACUAAAGGUGCAGAGUCUGCAGACGCUUAGAGAUUUUUCUUGGAAUAGAACAGGAUAUGUCUCUACACAGACUGUACCAUGCUAUGCGUACUUUGAAUUUUAACUAUCAUUCUGGUUUCUUCCACAGGUAAAUUAUUGACAUCCUACUCCAAAAUGUAUCCAAGCUGCAUGGUUUCCUGUAGACAAGACAAUUUUCGGCAAUUAAGCCUUACCUGCUACCCAGAAGUGUGAAUUGUACCAGUGUUUAAAGAAAUAAAGAAUUGGAAUGAUUUCAAAUAGAAGGAAUGUUCUAAGCACCAUAACCACUACUUGUUAUUGCAUUGGUUAUGCUACUACCAGACCAUAGCACGAUAAUCAAUACAAUGACCUGUAGUGGUUAUGGUCUCUUAUCCCUAGUCACGUGCCCAUCUUUCACUUUUCCAGUUUUGUUUUUAAAUUCUCCCAUUAAAGUAUAUUUUGGGUCCCAUAUAACAAUAUUAGAUAGACAAUCUGAAAAAGACUCAUACAGAUAUGAUUGUUACAUUUAUUGGAAAAAUAUAUUGAAUUUCCUGUUGUAGAGUCUUGUAACACUGUAUUGUAUCCAAUAUUAAUAAAAAAACACACACACAAAA